ACACACUCUCUCUCCCCCUCAGUGCUGCAGCCCACCCUGCUCCGAGCUUUAAUGGUACAUGCCAUUAGAAAGCCCAUCUCUGAAAGGGAGGAGGGAAGGUUGGUCUCAAUCUCAGCUAAGAGGCUACUUUAGUCUCCCGACAGCACAUUCACAGAUGUCUCUGCACACGUACAGGCGUUUCACCGUCACGACGGAGUAGCGUUACCUCUUGUGUGAAGCUGCGAGCCAAAGGGGACGAGAGGCAGGACCGAACGGAGAGAUUCAAAGGGAAGAGAAACAGAGGAGGUGAAGACUGAACCGCGGAGGAGAAAAAAAAAAAACAUACAUCGUUGCCACACACUGACGUCUCGCCUCAUGCGCCUUUUUCGGCUGGUGGGCGCAAGAGGAGGAGAGGGAGAAUAAAUCCCGGUACCUUGACUCCUCUCUGCUUUGCAUCUCGAUUCGUUUUUUUUUUUCUCAUCCAUGGCAUGAAGGCGUGUGUCUGAGGAUGCUUUGACUGCUGCUGCCUCUGUGUCAACAAGGGGCACGGGAGAAGAACAAGAAGAAGAAGUGGGAGACAGCAGCAGCACACAGGGACAAAACUAGGAUUUCUGCCGCAUGCGCUGGGAAUAGCAGUUUCCCACUCAAGUCACAGAAUGAGGUAAGAUUCAUGAUACCACUUUAUCGCUCUCUUUUCUUCUGAGCCUGAUUAUCCGACCGGCUUUAGGCACUUCACAUGAGGUUGAUACCGAUAUGAGCCGAUUUCCAUGCCGAUCAUGUUUGAAACAGCAGUGGAGAGAUUGCCAUCUUUGUCUGUGGGUCGCAGUGAACAGCAGCAGAUGAAGCAAAAGGGGGGGAGAUCCAUGCAUGUUGCAUGCCGCAGAGAGGCUGAGUGAGCUGAGACUAGAAAGAAGAGUCAGUGAUGAAAAGAAUUACUGAUAAUCCUCAUGAUGAGCAUUUGGGUGCGAGAGAGAUUUACUCUCCACUGACCAGUAAAGCCACCAGCUGCAGAACAGGGCUCUUAGAAAAAUUCAAUUUCAGUAAGUUUAGUCGAGUGCGAAUUACAUUCACUUUUUCGUGACUUAUCAAAAUCUUAAACUGUGCAAAUUAAAAGAAAAAUGCAGAAGAAAUGGAAAAUGAAAGACUUAUGAGUGAUGGUGGAGGAGAACAAAAUGCAGAGCUUGUCUCUAAAGUCUGACAGAACACUUUCAGUGGUGACCCUAGGGAGCCUUAUACUACCUCCCAGACAGAAAAUAACAACUUGUCCACACAAGCUUACGAAAAACAGGAGCAUAGUCUAGAGAAAAGGAAAGUUUGAGACACAGUUAAAAGGGCUAUUUAUUCUCAUUUUUGACAUCUGCUUAAACCCCUGGCUCCAGGUGAAGAGAUGCAGUAGUAGUGUUUGUUUUCUUGACACACAGCACAGGUGAGGAGGCAACUUAAGAAACAGCAGUGCUUUGUCUACAUCCAGUUUCUAUUUCUGUCCAGAAAUGAAACAUCAAUGACACAUUUUCUGCUGUUAAGAUCAUUUGUCGUGUGAAGCAGUAGAGUAACCCAGAUAUGUUCCUGAAACCCUGGUAACACCAAUACUGCGUGUUCAAUUCUACCAAACAGCUUCUGUGGAAAAUCUUGCACAGUGAGGUUUCAUUAUUCUGGGCUCUGGUCCAGUGUUCUUACUCAUGUGUGUAGAAACAUAAACACAACUAUCCGUGGAAGUUUUGACUUCCAAUUACAGCCCUCUGACACCUAACAUGACAUCAGUCAAUCUGGGCGAAGAUGCGUCCUUUUUGAAGUGAUAGUUUCAUAAUUGAGACCAAUGUGUUUCAGGAAAAGGACCUUCAAACAUAAAAGAGAAUAGUGGCGAUAUCAUCAUAAGGCCACUUGAAAUGAAACUCAUUAUAUAUCAUUCAUUUUUGUCAAAUAUUUAUUCAUGUAUUGAAGAAUAAGUCGGCUGUGAUCAAAGCAGACUCGUGUGCUAGUUAAUCCAGGAAAUGAAACAAACACAUAAAUACCAAUUUCCGCUCCUCCCUCUCUUUGCCUCUCCUCAUCUGUUCCACAGUUUACAUGCUGACAGCAACACCUGGUGCCUGUUUCUCAGCUUAUACACUACACUUAUAUAAAAUGAAGACACGCGUGUUGCCAGCUGUUUAUUACACGGGUGUUAGCAUGCCUCUUCACCACUGCCUGCUCUGACCAAGUAUAUAUUUAGUUGCUGCUCAGUUGAGCAACGUCAGCAAAUAGCAACCAGUUCUCGUUUAUGGACUCUUGUCAUUUCAUUCUGUGCUUAGGGUUGCCCCUUUGCCUGCCCCUUUGCCUUGGCUGUACAUACAAUAUACAAAGUGCUGAGGGGCCAGAAAUACACGCACAUGAUGGGGCUGCAGUUCUGGCAGUCAAGGGAUACAUUAUGAAAUAUGAUAGUGUGGACCUCUGUGCACCACAUUACAAAAGGAAACUUACAAUAACGUGUUAAACUAAUGUAUUGUAUAUUACACUUGAAGACUCUUUCUUAUCAAUUUUGUCACCAUAAAUUAAAACCAAUGUAAAUGACAAAUUAAAUGAAAGGCCUUUGCCAGAGUUGACAGUUUUGAUUAGUGUGUAAUCUGAUAGAGUAUUCUUGUUUUUGUGGGGCUACUAAAACAUUUCAAUCAGUCAGAAAAAGCGAUUUAUUGUAACCAGAAAGUUGACCGUUGUUAAGCAUUGGGUCCUUAAUUUCCCAUAUUUGUGAACAUGUAAACAAAAACAAUAAUGUCAGAAAUUCAGAAACACCUCUAAAAAUAAUCAAGAUCACCAAACAAUCGAAUUUUACGAUUUAAAUAUUCUGAAAAUGUAUUUCAAAAACUUUAUUUUUUUAUUAUUAUUAUUUUUAUUCAUAAAAAUAUAUAAAUAAUAAAUAAAUAAAUAAAUAAAAUAAAUUUAUUCAUAAUUUAUUCAAAAAAUACACCUAUAAGUUUGGUUAUAGUAAGCAUUUUCAGGCAGGAUUGUGUUGCUGAGGAUGACCUUUUCCUUAACAGGAAUAUAAAAUAGGGAACCUCAUGCAAUAAAUGCAAUCACAAUACACAUAUUCAUAUUACGCACACAUACAAUACAUGAGUAUGGAUAUAGAUGAUCUUGUCGAAAUGCAGGUGUAGCAUGUCAUCAUGUGGAGUAAACAUGUUCAUCAUUUAUCACCCAGCAGCAUUUCACACAUCAUUGCACAGUGUAAUAAUGUGCACAGAGCCCAACAAGAUACAGGAAUUAGACUUUGCACAAGCUAUUAAAGAGGCUGCAGAGGUUUGGAAAUAGUUGGCAGUGAGUAGGUGCAUAUUAAACAUGUCUGCUUACACUGAUGCCUGGAUGCAAGCUCUGGACCCUAAUUCACAGGGCAAAAUUUCACUAAUGUUUGAAGUCUGCUGGUCGGACGCUGUAGGUUUCUCUUUGAAGGUAAAGGGGUUUCUCUGCAGACUCAGUCAUGGAGCUGUCCAGCCUUAGGCAACAGAGGGGAGAAGAGAGAGACAUCAGAACAAAACUCUCUUACAACACAAUAGAUAUUUUCAAGACAGUAGCUAAACAACUGGCAGCAUUAUGUGUAUUUGAUAUUUGUUCAGCCAAGACACAAAAAGACACAUAGUUUCUUGUACGUUGGCUGUAAAAUAUUGUGUAAAAUGCAUAGACAGAUUGACACUAAGUACAUUUAUUAUUAUCAAAUGCGUAUUAGACGGAUAAACAGGUAUUUAAAGGUAGCCUAUUGAUUUAAAAAUGAAUUUAAUGAAAAGGGCAAACAUUUCUGUAACUUUCCAUAAUCAAACCGCUAAAUAAUUAUAUUUCUGUGACCCAGAGCAACACCCGAUAAGCUAGGGCUGGGCGAUGAACCGAAAUUUGCAACACUAACCAAUGUCAUUUUGCCCAUGUCAAUAUAUUCAGUGUCCAAAAUAUAAAUAAAUAAAAGUUGGUUUGGGUUGUGUGUAAGUAGGCUAUGGUCUCAUGUCCCUUUAAGACGCUGGUUUACGUCGGAGAAGUGACUCCACCCCAUCCAGUCUGUAACAAAGAGGGAAAGACAGGUAAGGAGAUGGAGGACGAUUCAAAAGUUGUAGCGGCUGGAGCGUCUGCUGAAGUAGACAAAGUUAAUGAGGGAGGAGGUGAGCAGAUUGCGAGGUAGUUAUCGUCCGUUUAUUGUUAUCGAGGUGAACUGCUCAAUAUAUCAUGAAAUUGAUUUAAGGCCAUAUCGCCCAGCCCUAUAAAAACCUGAUGUUUUUAAGGCCGCAUCAUUACUUCUCUUUAGUCUAAAUCUAAGGUUUGUGCUGUGGCAGCUAACUCCUUUAAAAUAAAAGUUGUAUAUAUUGUCAUGUAUGUACAAAAAAAUUAAAAUAUACAGAAGAUGGGAGAAUUUUAUAGCUGUUUUAUCAAGAGACCCAGAUUAAGCAUAUUUAAGUGCAGAUUAGAUGACUCAUACCUUAAGAAUCGAGGUUCUGUAUUCAGAGUGAAAUCUAACAGCAGUUCAUAAGUCGAAGACGUCUCUGUCUCUGCUGAAAAUACUAACCUGAAAGGACGAGGUUUGCCAAAUGAUUUUCAACAAGAUUAAAUUCCCCUCCACUGCCAAAAGUUGCUGAAAGGUUAUCCACUUCAGAAUAUCGUGUAGAUCAUGAAGUUUUCAGAAAAAAAUCCUCUUACAACGAAGGAGAACUUGGUUGCCAAAACGAAUUAUACAAAUCUAGUUGCACCUUGAGACGUAAUAUAUUUUGAUAUUUAUCCUACACUUUUGGCUGCAAAACUAUUAUUCAUGUUUGCCAUUUCUUUUUCAUUGUAAAAAUAUAAAGAAAAUUUAUUUCAAACUGCAUGAAAAAAUUAAGUUUUUGUAGUAUGACUGUUUAGUUAGACCACUCAUGUCAUGUCUGCAUUGAACAGUUACUUGCAGCAGUGGUAACAGAACACUGUUUGGCUUUGGCGCUCCACUAUAAAAGCACCAUAGCAUGGCAGCAGUAGCAGUAACAAAGCAGAGGCAGAGACUGGAAAUCUUGCAACUUGAAGUAGUAUGUGUGCCAUGAUCGUGGAAAUGGUGCAUGUCAAAUGUGAAAUCAGCACAGCUCAAGCUAACUACCUGAACAGCUCUCAGGCUUUGCUCCAUUCAAAAAAACAAGAUCUAAAGAUGAAGAUUUAUGAUAGCACGGUGUGACUGUGGCUCAUGGAGGUCCCAGAGGCAAAGGCUUAAAGCAUUCUGGGCACCUGCUCUUCUUUAUGAACAGCUUAGAAGUAGAGUUAUUGUAAAAUAAAAACUAAGAACAAUCUGUUGGGUCUUGCAGCAGUGCUGUUGUUCCUCUGUGGAGUACACUCCAUGGGGCACUUAAAACCUGUCUGGCUGCCUAUUAAGACAGCCACUAUCCUGGCUCAUUAAUGUCCUGCCGAGGAAUUAGAAUAAACUGUGCUCCACAGACUUGUGCUGGCACAGGCUCUCUUUCUUUUCUCCAGCAGCUCCUCUCCCUCUAGGGACAGCAGUUGUUUGCCUGAGGUACAUCAGAGCAGCUUGGAGUGACCAGCAACACAAAAUAAUUAGAUGUUCAAUUUCUCCAAACUGUGGCUGCUAUUGAAAUCCCACUGACCUGCUCCAGCAAUUCCAGCAAAAGUCUCCCAAUAUAAUCACUGUGUAGAAAACUAACAUGCACUUUAAUGGGAAAUGGGGUUUAAAAACCUGAGGAUUAUGAGAGAGGGCAGGAUGUUGUACUAGAAAUGUGGAGCAGUAUGAGUCACAAUGAAGUACAUGCAAAUCUAAGGAAUGGGUGUGGAAAGUCUUGUAGCUAGGGAUGCACCAAUCUCGAAGAUUGGCCCGAUUCUGCCUCUAAAAGCAGUUUUAAAGGUCCAAUUUAAUCAUUUCAUUUAGACGUUUUUCUGGAACCACGCCAGUUUACUGGCACACAUAGUGACUUCACAUGAGUGAAUUAGCAUGGCAGUGGCUAACAGCAGACGAUCAGCAGUCUAGAGGCAAUUUUCUCUCACUACUCCAACAACCCCAACAGUGGCAACAUCUGCAAAUUGGAAGUUUCAAGAGGAGGUGGUAACUCUGCAAGAUACAAUACAACUAACUUAAUGAAGCAUCUCAAAGAUUAUCUCACCAAAGAAUAUGAGGAGCAUGACCGAACCACAAAGACUGACAAGACAAAGCAGUUAACUUUGUCGGCUGCAAAACUUUCAAGUGACAGUAUGACAAACAAAACAAAAUAACGACGAAGACCUUCACAUUUAUUGUUCUAGACAGACAGCCCCUGCAAGUGGUUGAAAAAUUAGGGAUUCUAACGCCUGCUUGAACACUUGGAGCCAUGGUAGUGUCUACCAUCACUUGAAUAUUUCUUUGAGAGCGCUCUACCUGAACUCAACAAGAAAGUGCGCGGACAAUUGUUAUUAGAACUGAAAGAUGUGACAGCAAUGAGUUUUACAACGGAUAUCUGGAGCUCUUCUGUCAGCCCGUUAUGACUGCUCAGUUUAAGUGUGCAAUGGUUUGACACCAGCUUUACGUCACACCACGCUAAAAUCUUUUAAGGGAUCUCACACUAGCGACAGCAUCUCCUUUGCCACUUACCAAAGUGUACAUCAUUUUGAGAGACAAUGAUAGCAACACGAAAAAAGCCAUGGACACUAUAGGGGUACAGCGUGUAAUAAACAAAAGGUUUACAGGCACACGCUGUUUAAGUGAUGCAGUGUCAAGUGGGAGACAGAUUGUGGGGCCUUUGAAGCACUCCCCACUUGCAUUUUGUCACCUUCAAGAAAUCUAAGUUGAGAUGCAGAUGCCUGUUAAACACCAGAACAGCAAGACACGGUGGAAUAGCACUUCAUGAUACAGAGCCUUUAGGAGCAGAAGAGAGUCCCCUCUGCCUCAGUUGCUGACCAUGACCUGCCCACCACACUGACAGUGGACCUUGCUGGAGAAAACUUUGACUGUUCUUGCUCCAUUUGAGGAGCUGAGCAUAAACACAAGCAUAGAGAGUGAGAGACCGUUCAGCUUAGUCUCUGACAUUGUGGAUGGAAAAAGAAGCAGACUAACUGCUGAGAGAGCUGAAAUGUUAUUUUGUUUGUUUGUUUUUUUGAGAGAGAACAUGUCAUUGCUGCUUAAGUGAGCAUUCAGAUAAAAUCAGGUCACCCAAACUAAAUUGUGAAAUGGUCACACAUCAGCUGCUGUCAUAUUUGACACAGGAACUAAAAGGAUUUCUGUCUUUAUUAGAGGUCUUACUUUCAGGUAUAACUACGGGUACAUUUUUAUUUAACUUCACUUUGUUCAGUUUGUUCAAUUUUAUUAAACUCUAGAAAUUCAAUUUCCAUUCCACUUGCUGUUCACAAAUAGUGUUUACACUGAAGUUAAACUAUGUUUUAAUUUUGCAAGUUUGUACUGUAUUUGUGACAAAAUUGUUAUUUUAUAUUGUAGAAAUACCAAAGACUCAUGUUUUGGAGUUUUGUAUUGGGAUGUUAUCUGCUGCACUGGCUUUUUGUUUAAUUUGAUGCUAAAGUUGACAGUGUUGAAAGGUUUACAUUUCAAGUGUAAUUCCUUUAUUUUCCAAAGUCCCUUUUUAAACUGCAGAUAAACAUUUAAAGUUAAAAUAAAAUGGAAGUGAAGAAAUUUCAGAAAUUUUCAGAAAAGUCCAGGUAUCAGUAUUCGGUCAAAAAAAAAGUUGGAUUGGUGCAUCUCUAGCUGUAGUAAACCUUUGCUGCGCUGUAUUUAAAAAGUUGCCUUUUUGCCAUAUUGUGUUGUACUAAAAUGAGCCCUUUAGAGUGAAUGUUUUCUAUAUUUUUUUUUAAAUUGGAAAAUAUGUAUGUUGGACAAAAACUAGGGCAUCAGAACAUUAUCACAUCAGGGUGCUUGGGGUUAAUCCUUUUGGUUAGCUUGAAUUUUUGUUUGAGUUGUUAAAGCUGACGUGCACAUCCAGGCUCAAAACAAAUCAUUAAAAUGUGUUUUACCUUUUCAGCAACAGAAACAAAAAGCACCACUUUGGAGUAAAUAACUGCUUUCCUAACAAUCCUAACAUCUGCUAGAUGUGUCAAUAAAAUAAACAGCAUGACUUCUGUCUCACAGGGAUUUACUGCAGAGGCUUGUAAUGCUGUUUACCGUUCCAAUAAGUAAUGCUGCAUGAUUCAAAUAAGUUGUCCCUUUUUCUUAAUGAAUUUUUUUUGAGUAUAAUCUCAUUAGGUGUAUUCAUGGUAACCCAUAGUCCCCUGGGGCAGUACCACUGUGGUAGAAAAAAAGAAGGUAUUAGGGACAGCUGGCAGUGUGCUAUCAGUUGUGUUCACAUUUGUCAGGCCUGCUGGAGAUUAGAAGAUGAAGCAGAGAUGCUACUGGAGGCGUAAAGCAUGUGCAGUCACAAUGCAUACACUGUAUAUACAAACACACAGGCACAGACGCCAUCACACGCACACAUACGCAUACACACAUUUACACAAAGACUCACGCAGUCUACAAUAUCUACAGGCACAAACACUAAGCACAGCUCCUGACCCAGCCCUCCAGCUCAACCUCCCCCACUGUCAAACCAUAUUCUGCCACACACUGGGGAGAAUAGAAGAAGAAUAGAGUGGAAAACACUUCUAUUCUCUUCUCUUUCUCUCCUAUCUCCAGUUAUUUUCUUUGUGUGUCACAAUGAACAGCAUAAGAGAGUAAACAAGGAAAGCUCCGCUGCAUCCUUCACCGUUAAACCUUACCUUUAAUAAGUAUGGUGGAGUUGUACAGCUUGUCUUCAGCCUGACGAGAGGGUGGUGAGCAUAGUGUUGAGUUUGUACUGAACUAUAUGUCGUGCCCAACUGGAGGUGUCUGAGGUCAGAAGGCUGAGAUGAUUAUUUCACAUAAUGACAGAGUGCGUCCCUUUCAUCGCCCCAUCCACACAAUGCUAAUGUGACCUGACAGUGCGCAUGAUGCUGUGGGUGAGGUCUGUGUGACUUAACAGGGAUUACACUGUAUGAAUAAAACAAACAUGAUGUCAUAAAUCAAUGGUGACAACAAUCACACAAUUCCACUCGGCAUUUCUUAACCUUUAAAGUCCAGGGUGUUGUUUGUGAGUGUUAUCUGGUUGUGUCAGAUUACAACCCACAACCCUUAAAGGGAGGGUAUUAUGCUUUGUUUUUCAGACUCUAGAUUUCCUUUCUGAUACCCCUUUAAUAGUUUUAUGUGAAUUUCAGGUCAAAAAAGCUUAAAAUCCCUGACAGUGGUGUAUUAAAAUAUCAUUAUUUCAGCCUCCAUCUGAAACGCUUCAUUUUAGCUGCUGUCCCUUCCUCAAGCCUACUGUCUUCUGAUUGGUCACCUCUCUGGAGGCUUUCUGUAAGCCAGACAAGGGCAGAGCUUGUUGUUUUGGCCCCACUCCCUCUACUCUAUGUCAGAAUUAGUUAAUUAGAUUUAGUGAGUUAGAGUUCGUUAGAUUUUAGUAAAUCUCGCACAUAAACUACGGUCUCGCAUUUUCACGCAUUUGUCUGAGAUUUGAGCAGUUAACGUCUAUUUUCAAAGAUUAUGACAAAACAUGUUUACUUUGUGAUGUGAAACUUUGUAUAGGCUACAUGUAGUAUGAAAACCAAACUUUGUAACUUUGCGUUUUUUGUUGUAAAUGUGGAAAGGCAUGAUACCCCCCUUUUAACACAUUACAACUCUGCAGCAGUGCUGGUGUAGGUACUAAAUGUGCUCAGGUGGUCAAAUCGAGGUCCUGCACUUGCUGGUGACGUUACACAGCAUAACUGGAGAUUCUACAGAGUGUCACGCUUUAGUGUUGUUUGUCCUUGUGCCGUUGCAGCGCUAGCAGGUGGAGGACCCAGUGUGAUCAGCAGAAAUAGUAAGAAAGAAAUAUUGUUUUGCAGGCAAAAUUCACCACUGUUCAUAUUCGCACCUGCAAGAGAUGUUUGGAAGACACCAUAUUCAUCGAGUCAAAUAAAGUCACUCCAAAAAUUAGCACUAUAUGGGCAUCAUUUUGGAUUCAAAAAGUACAUCAGCUUCUAAAACUCUUAAUUUGUGUUCUUAAUUCAAUGCAUUUAUCUUAAUACUCCCCUCUUCCUCUGUUCCUAACUUAUUCAUAUUUCUGCAUUUUGUUAAUAUGUUUCAAUUUCAACAAAGAUUACAGAAACGUCACCCCUAAAAGCAGUUCCCUGAAAUUUUCCAGCAAACAUUAUCCAGUUAUUAUCCAGAGAGGAUCAGAGGCAAAAUACCUUUGCUCCUCUGUUACACCUCCAUUACACCUCCAUGCAUUACACAUUGCAGAUGAGGGAGUGUGAAUUUCCCCUCUUAAAUUAGCAGUAUGCAAGAGACACUUGCCUACUGCAUAGUUCGGUUCUCUUCAAGUGUGCAAGAGAAUCUGCUUUUGUUGGGUUUUUCUGCUCCGGUCUUUCGCAGCAAAUUGGCUAUGCUAGACAAACGCAACUAUACUGUUUAUCAAGAGCUUAAUCCGAGGUAAUAAACAAAACAAAAGAUAAAUUUCCAAAUUAUUGCAUACUGAGCCUUGCUAAAGUAUAUGGUUUUGUACGAGCAUCACACAUUGUCCUUUAGAAGCCCUCAUGUGAUCAGAUUUAGGUAAAUGUAUGUAAAAGUUGACCCAACUUGUCAUUUUCAAACCAAAAUUCAUUAUUUAUAUGUAUGAUACUUUUGAAGUAGUGAGAAGUCUGUUCAUAACUGAGACAACCAAAUAAGAGUGCUUUUGGCAGUUAAUUCCCAGUAUGAGCUUCUGUGCUUAUUUCGUCUGUGUGAUAAACAUCCAGUCCCUUCCAGGACUGGCUGCUGUAAUUACUCACAGAUUAGACAACAGAAAUGGCAAACACACAACACAACAAAAAGUCCAAGUUUUCAGGCACAAACAAGCUCUCUCAAUUACCCUCUUGAGAAAAUCCCAGAGGCUUUGUUGUAAAUCCCUCAGCUUUGACAAGAACUGUAAGUGUCUGUCCAUCUCUGCAGGGAGAAAUGAUCACUUGGGAGCAUGCUGAGAGAUUAUUUAGUCAUUUACUGAGAAACUUUGCAAAAAGACAAAAAGGAUGACUAUCAGUUAAUGUCUGGUAUGCGGAUUUACAAGCGUUGCCAAGGUAGACAUUACUGCCCCAAAUUUUGAGUCUGAUCAAUAAAUUAAAUACUAGACAACACCCAAGUUCAACAAACUACAAAAACAUGGCAGGACUCUAGGACCAGGUCUGAUAUCUGUAUCCCUUUAAGAUGUGAAAUUACUUAAAUUUAAUCACAUUAAAGUGAUAGACAUUAUACAUUAAGUUCUCUCCCAGUAAUUGAACAAGAGCAAUUACAGAAAGCACAGGGUGUGUGAGACAUAAUAACAAGGAGAAGUAGUUCAGUUGCUCCCAAACAAGGUACUAAUGCAUUGCUAAUGUGACUCUGCUAUGAUUAUCGCACAUUUAAUUUAUCAUGGGCAAAGAAAUGUAAGGAACUUUGUUUCCUUGGAAACCUUUUUACGUUUGGUGGAUUGUGGAGAUGCCUCACAACCUGUCUCUCACUUGUAACUGAUUGAGUAUGUUGUCUGUCAACCAGGAGGUUAGUGUUGGCUCUCGCCCUAUGUAGCACCCUAUUUCUCAAGUGUGUAGUGUAUGUGAAGGGGUGAACAAGACAUAUGGUAACAAAGUGCUGUAUACAGUCAAGUGCUUCAGUUCACUGUUAUGUGAAAUGUUGAAAUAGAGUCUUUCGUGUUGUAUUUGUGUUAAAUGUUUUAUGCCAUGACAUGAUGGGAUGAUGAGAUGAAUUUCUAGUUUUGCCUGAAGGCCAAAGGAAUCUGCUCAUAUUUGUAUUGAAUAUGUGCAUGCCAACUGAAAGUGCACAUACCUGCAUUUACUAAAAUGCUCAAAUUAUGUUUCCCACUGGCAUUCUAUUAUAUCAUUUGACGUGGUUAUGACAUCUAGUAAAUGUACUGAGCAUGGGAUGAAAAUUGUUUUGCAGUAGAGUGAGGGAUCUAAAUUGAACUGUACGCGUUACACCUUUGCAUAUCGGGGAAAAAAUGUUGCUCUUGACGGAGGAUUUGUGCACUUGCCAUUAAAUGUCAUCACCCUCGCCAGAGUUGCCAGUUGGUUAAAUUAAUUAUAUUACCAUUUUUAUCAAUUGGGACUGCUCGAAUGUUGUGUGAAAACUGUAGCACAUCCACCUGCCAGUCGCUGAGGCUGAAGCUCCAGUUAAUGAGGCAUUUUGAAGCAGUAUCCAUAUUUUACCUCCUCAGUCAUUUUAUUAGGAACCACAGUAUUACUGUGGCUAAUUGAAAAUCUUGUUUAAGGUUUUAAAUGAGCCUCUUUAAUAGUCAGCAGACUAGGCCUGUCACGAUAACAAAUUUUGCUGGACGAUAAUUGUGCUACAAAUUAUCGCCGAUAAACGAUAUUAUUGACACCAUUUUUUAAAUUAUAGAUAAUGAUAUUAUAGGGCAUAAUAAUGCGAGUACACCAUGUCAAAAGUGAUAAACUUUAAUUUCCACACGAGAACAACACUGGUUGUUUUCGUUGACUAAAAUAUUUCCCUUUUCUCCCACGACGAAGACAUAACGUUGACGAGCUAAACAUAAGUCGGAGAUGACUAAAAUGUGACGAGACGAAAGUGCGUUUACGUUGAUGGGUCGAGACGAAAAUGACGAACAGAGUUGCAAAACUCAGUCAGUUAAACGCUAAACAUAUAGGAGCAGCUUCAGUCCGCUCUGACAGCUCUCUUCAGCCUGCUGUGCUCCUCCAACACACAGACACACACGCACGCGCGCGCGCGCACACACGUGGAGUUUUGUGGUUGACGAAAACAAAACUGGUUUAAAGCCGAAAUAUUCCCACACUUGGGCUGUUGCGUUCGGUUUAGACACCAAAGCUGUCGUUUUCAUUCUGUUUGCUUGCUUUUCACUCACAACGCUCACUUGCAGCACUGUAUCCAAAGGUCUGUGUGCCUGUGCGCGCCUACGUGUACCUGUGCGCGCGCCCCCCCCGUGACAAAGAUACUGAAUGACUGACAGGAGGGUUCACUAACUCCGUUCAUUCCGCUAUGGAGCCAACGCCCCCAGGUGCCGAGAAAAAUGCGCAGAGUGAGACCUCUUCUCUCAUCCAGCGUGUUUGGUAGCGAGAGAGGAGGAAAACAAACGCACGUAAAUUAUCGAGGCUGGCAAAGUUAUCAACCUCGUGUUUAUUUAUCGAGCGAUAAGGCGAUUUAUUGAUUAUCGCGACAGGCCUACAGCAGACUGAUAACAUUAUAUCACAAACAAUACAAAGAAAAUUACUAAAUAAAAACUUCUGUGCCCAUCCAUGGAUAUGGGUUAGUAAUCUGUGCACAUGCAGAUGGAUCACAAUCUUUGUGCAUGGGUGUAAGUGGAACUCGAAAAUGCUGACAAAUGGCAUUGGUUAUAUAUUUUUUUAAGAGACCAACUCACUUCGUUUGAGGUGCUCCACUACCUCUAUCCCUGAUGAUGAAGACACAUUCAUUAACUUAGUCUAAUUUUUCUCCUGAAUCAACAGUUAAGGGUAGGGAUGUCCCAGUCCAAUUUUGAUAUCUGUCUGAUAUCAACAACAACAACAAAAAAAAAAAAGAAUACUGGAAUACUGCAUCUCGGCCUGCAUCUAAAAUCCCUGAUAUCAGCACUCCAAUAAAAGCAGUCCAUUCCAGACUCUGCUCAAGCACCUCUAUCUAGCAACACCUGGAUCUAGUAUGCAAAGUCUAUGUAAUCACAACAACAGUUUGUACUAAGGUACAAACAAAGUAGCGAGGAGAAGGAGUGAUGUCAGCCGUGUGGCAGUAUUUUUUGUUUAAGUCCAAAAAAGACAUUGAAGCUGAUUGCAAAACUUGUCAUGCACAAUUUUGUGCCAAAAUCGGAUCAACAUUGGUAUCGGCCAGUACUGAAGGCUACAAUAUCGGUAUCUCAUGGGAAGUAAAAAAGUUGCAUCGGGCCUUUGUUGUUUUGAUGGUACAGAAAGUGAUAUUGUAUUAUCACCAAAGCCAACCCUAACCCAACCCUACGACCUUUCGAUUGGCGCACUGUGUAACAUUGCAUAGGCUUAAUAACAGGCUUGUGAUCUGGAAGUGCUGGCUCUGCUAUCGUAAACCACACUCUGCAUUUCAGUAUUGUUUACCCAAAGACUUUGUCAUCAUGUUUAUUUUACUGUCAGAAAAAAAAAGGCUCAAUUUGAGCUGUUCCCUCAGUAUUGUCUUACAUUUGGUCUAGGAGGUUGGCCGAGUUGAAGCUUUUUAGUUUUUAAAGACAAGGACAAACAUAACUUGUUUCAAAGCAUUCCUACUCUUGACUUCUACAAAAUGACAAGAAAUGCAAGCAUGUUUGCAUUAUGCCUUUCAUUUUCUAAUCCCAGUGUUUUUCGAGAUCUGAGACCAAUCACAUUUACUAAUCUACCCCACAAAAGCGCUAUUAAAAACAUGACAUUUUCUUUGUAACCAUGAAUGCUGAAUGUGCUAAAAUCAUUUUCUGCUAUGGUGCAAUCAUCCUAGUCACAGAGUAUGUAAUAGGAUUGGCACAGAGAAGGCAGUCUGGAUGUUCUAUUCUGAGUUACUGGAGGUAAUGUAGGCAGCACUUCUGACUGUUUUGACUGGGUUAGAUGGAUAAAUGCUCAAUUGCAGCAGGGAAUUACUCCAGAUUAAAUAUUAAUAAAUGUGAUUCCUUGACUGGUACAUUUACAUUUCUAGACCAACAUAUCGACAAAGCAAAAAGCUGGAGAAGAACAAACAGAUAGGAGAUGCAACGAAGCAGGUAGAGGAAUUAGUUCAUAUCUUUCUUUGCUUUUAAAGUCAUAGAAAGGCUAAAAAUAAGUGAAAUAAAUAAUGUGGCAGGUUUAAUACUUUAAGGUGUAAAAGAUAAAAAAAGUCAAUGUGUAAAAGAAGCUAAGCAGCAUUUCUGAAGUUUGAAGCUGUCACAGGGUGUCGUGCGUCAUGCUGAAGAGUGAGAGGAGACAGACCUCAGCAAGCCUGUUGUUACUGUUCCUGUCACUGCUUGCAUGACAUUUUAUGUGCAGUGGGCGCCAAUUAUGGCUCACUUUCAGUGUUGCAUCUCUGAAUCACACCAGCUCAAGGGUGACAAGGGCAAAGCGUCCAUGUUGCUCUUGUAAAUAUUGAGAAGCUGCUUCUUAUAAAGCAUUCAAAUGUUGGUACACAACAUUCUUUCUUCUGACAGUCCCUCUUGAACCCCCUGUACCUGACAAGAAAACAGCUCUUUGUUGUAGAUUGGUUUGUGUUGCUGUCACAAAGUCAUCUCAUUUCUAAAAUUGAUUUAGUGCCAAAAGUUUUAAAACAGAAGGUGACCUGUUGGAGCAUCUUUUAUCACCUUCUGCUUUGGUCUUUAAUUAAUCUUUUUUUUUUGUACGUGAAACGAGCUGCGAGCCUGACCUGCCUUGCAGCAGCAUUAAUUUUCAGAGCCUUUUUUUUUUGCUAUGAAAAUUAAUUACCAUGAACGAGCUGUGGAAUACAGAAACAAAAUAAAGAGCUUAAGCCACUCAUGCUCAUAAUCAGUCAAAUAAUCAUUUUAUAAGUGAUUUACUGUAUUUAAAAACUAGUUGGCAAGUUGGGAGUAAGCAAUACUUUUUUAAGCUGAGAAUUUAUUAGAAGUGAAAUGUGUGUUUAGUUUCUCAAAGAUGUACUUACAUAUGAUUUAAAAGUACGUUUUUCUUUUAAUCAAUACAAAUUUUUUAUAUAUUUGUUUUUUCUUUAAGCAAUCAUUUCAUCCUGAUUGGGGAGAAUUGAUAGUGAAGUUUGUCAGAAAGGUAAGGAUGCUGAAGAAGCUGGUGAACAUCCAUAUCAAUAACCACAACAAGAAAGUCUUUUGUUCCAGCAGCAGGAAUAGAUAGAGGGUCUGACUAUGCGAGGGUCUGACUUGGCACUGCUGCAUAGUUUGUAGAGAUAUUUAUUUCAGUAUUCUUUCUUUUUUACGAGGCUUUUGUUGUAUUUAAUCAUGUCCUUACCUUUAAUUGUACCAUUUUUAAAUCAUGUUUCAUUGGCUUUUACUGUGUUUGUUGUGUAUCUGGUGUUGAGUUUAUGUUUUUCUGAUGUCUUCAUGCUGUUUGUUGUCUGCAUGAGUCUUCUUGUCCUGGUGGAUCAAUAAAGUGUACCUUACCUUACCUUAUCUUACUAUUAUGACGGUUAUAAAGAAAUAGUUCAUUAGAUUUAGUCAGUUGGCCUUGUAGUGAUGGCACAAAAUAAAUUGACAGGUAUAAGAAACAGAUUAGCAAUGUUGAUUUCAAUGAUUUAAAGAUACUUGAAGGCUGAGCUUAUUAUCAUUCCAGCCAGUCUCACUGUGGAAACACAGAUCAAUAUCCAAUUGUCAGCGUUUCCUCCAGGAUUUUUCUGAAAAUGCUUUACCCAAAUAAUCACAUUUUUAUUAGAAAGAGGCUCAAGAUAACUGGAUAGUUAACCAGUCCCUUUGUUUUGGUACUAAAAAUGCAAUGUAUACCAGGACCAUGUACAAAAAAUAAUCUUUUAAAAUUUUCUUCUGAAGAGGAGGAUCUUGGGUUAAUCUGUCUAAUUGUGAUAUAAGACUGUACGUCUGCCCUCUUUUGCUGUAGUUCAGUUUACUUUUAGUGAUUCAAAAAGGAUGAAUCAGCUUUGGCUCAUAGUUUUUGUGGACCUCACACUUUCUGCAAAUCACAGUCAUCUUUAAGCUAAUUUCAAAUACUGCCAUUCCGGUAUCCCUGUUGGAGUAAGGAUUGUUGGUUCAGUCUUAUGAAGCAUUGAUGUGAUGGGAUAUUUGCUGAAAGUGCUGUAUGGUGAUCAAAGUGGCUCAUUGAAAUUGACAAAAGCAGCACCUUUUGCUUUGCCAGAGGCAGGGUUCCCUCUCAGCUGGUUUUGAUAGAGUCCUGUGCCCCGACAUUAUUCGUUGUGACACGAGUCAUGUGUAUAAGUCAAGAAUUUCCACUCAAACAUUUGAUCCAAUAAAAAGCUACUAAAGAAAAAAAAUUGUAAAAAUAAGCAGCGAUGGAUGAAUUUAAACUCUUUUGGAGUUGAACACAAGUGAAUUCUCAGAAGUAUAAGUGAUUUACAUGCAUGUAUAUAGGUUUUUCAUGCAGGUCUGCCCAAGCAGAUACCACAUCACUCAGCAUUAUUAAGAUCACUUGGAUGAAUCCCAAGUUGCUGCACUGACUAACAUGUGGCUCAGUGUAGCACUCACUGCUAAAGAUAACUGUAGACAGAACAAUGUUCACAGAGGAUAAGAGUGGAGUUAUAAUGCGCAGUGGGUUGGAGGCCCGAAACAAAUGCCCUUGUGUGAUUGAUUACACGCUACAAGCUAAUGAGAUAAACAGAGCCUGAAUCGAUUCAGUCGGGGAGGAAUCAUGCCUGAGGGGCAUAUGCAGCCGUGUGCAAUGGCUGUAUUGACACGCUCAUAUUCAAAGAGCCAGCGAAUGAGACCAAGCUGCGCUUUUGGCCGAGCACAGAGCUGUGUCCUCGUCUGCUGCAUGGAGCUGCUUCGCCCACCGCUGCAAUCAGGGUCAAUUCGGCUCAAAUCAAAUCCUGGCAAGUUGGUGCUUAACAAUCACUGCUAAGAAAACGUUUUUCGAGACAAAGACAAGCGAGACGGUGCAGUGAAGCAGGAAGUCUUGCUCUAACACGCGAACACAAGAAUGCACAGUUAAAUGCGCUCAGUGACAGGGCGGAUGAAAAUAUGAUGAGCGUGGAUGACCAUCAGCCCAAUGUAGGGACUACAUGCUGAUGCUGCCGCAGUCCUUGCCUCUUUGGCUAAUGACAGGCUCACUGAUAAUCCAAAAGCUGUAGUUAACCAAUUAAAACCUUUAUGCUUCACCAAUUUGGCCCUGAGAGUAUAGCAGGGCCAGCUGCUGUAUGUGAUGUUGAGCAUGUCCGAGCCACACGCAGUGACUCACAUUAUACUAAGGGCACAGAAAGCAUAGGGAUCAAGAAAGUAAAACCUUGUCUUCUUCCACUAAAAAUAUAAAAUCUUCCGAGAAACUACUGAUGUUCAUAAUAUUCGGUUUCUUACAGUUCAGGCUCAUUCACCCUUCGACUAUUUUGACAAAGAUUUAGCACACAAACAAACCAAUCAACUGUACAUUUGACAUGUUUUGUAUUUUUACCAGCACUGACUGUCUUUGGCCUGACAGCAGAGAAAUACAAUCAGACUCCUGGAAGGACAUUCAGAGGAGGAGCGUUUAAUUGAUAGCUUCAUGCCUGCGUCACUCAAGUCUUGUCUGCUCACCGGCUUGAGUGCUCAGAGACUUGAGGGCACAAGUCAUCAGUCAUAAAAAGGGGAAGGGGAGAAACUGGCAGUAUUGACUGUUUUUUUUACACAGAGGACGAAGGGACAAAAAUGUGUUGGCAGUGUGCUUCAAGAAAAUGUUUACUCUUAUUGAUUUCCAGAUAAAAACAAAUCAUUCCCAGCAGUGUUUGAUUGAAGGCCAUUGGGCAGGAAGAAAACAUCUAUCUAUCUAUCUAUCUAUCUAUCUAUCUAUCUAUCUAUCUAUCUAUCUAUAGCACUUUGUUUCUUCGUUUUAAAAUGUGUUUUCUUUCAGAUUAACGAAUUAUUAUUGUUGUUACCACACCUUCUUAAAUGAUCAAUGAUUGGGAUAAAAAAAUUAAUGUGCCAGUGAUAAAAAUAAAUAAAUAAUAAAAAAAUAAAAAACAUUCUACAAUAUGUGAUAAACAUGGUAUUUGUGCUCCUGCUGCUUUCUGUUUCGGCCAAACAGAACAAAAAAAAUUGGUCCGUUGUGAAAAAUACCAUCAAGUCUAAAAAUACGCAUUUGAAUUUACACCGCAAAUAGACAGCAACAACAACAGCAACAUAUAUCACCUGUGAUUUAUAGAGACUGUUAAAAUGUUUACAUUCAGCAGGCUGAUUUCAAUACAGAGUGGUGGAAACAAUCCUUUUCACUACGUGCAAAAUAGGGUAAAGGGAUGAAAAUCAAUGAGUCUCCAACCACAUCACAGAAAAUGAAAAGCAUGCAUGCCACGAUAAUGGAUAUGGAUUUCUGGGAGUGUGGCUAAUGUUUUAUUCUUAUUCACGUCUAAAAUCUUUAUAUAUGGUGCUACAAAAGAUGAUUGAUGAGUGCAUCAGACAGACCGUGUGUUUCAACAUAAUGUGGCUCCUAUUACACAGUGUUCAAUCACCAUAGAGUGAGUGGAGAAAUGCCUGUUUGUAUAUAUACUUUUAAGAAUGGACCAGUUCUUUCAGAUGCUACACAUACGUAACCGUCAGUGUGUUAUUUUCAAGUCCAAAAUGCUGCAUCCUGACCUGCCUGCUGCUUUUCAAGAGCGAUUAGCAGCUGUCAGGAGUGGGCUUAUGAAUGCAGAAUAUAGAUGAACUCUGGACUUGUGCUGAAAUGGUGCGUAAGGCACAGUGAGGAAUCCAAACACUGAGUGGAACAGACAGUGAGGAGGAAAGAGAGGCUGUGCAAACUUAACAGUACUAAUCAUGCUGAGAGUAGCAGGAUAGCAGCCUUGAGAUAGCGCACUUUGUAAUCUGUAAGACACCAGCUCUGCAUCAGGCCUCCUGGUGUGUCUUUGUAUGCUUAGAGCUUUUAUAGUGUCUUUGUGUGUCUCUUCGAGAGGUCACUCUGUUGAAUCGUAAUUUAUUUGGUGAACAGACUGCGAAAUUUGUGUCCAUGUAGGAUGCUGUUGCCUGGGUGAUAUUGUCUCAGGUUGUCAUGGAAAAUGGAAAAUGUGAAUCUGGUGCGAUGAAGAGAUGUGUACUUUUCAGAUUUGCUGUCAUAGAUCUUUUGAUAAUCUCCGAUCCUAUUUGGUUGAUCCUCACUGCCAAAAGCUCAAGGCAUGCUGCAUUUCAAUGUUGCAAUUAUUUUUCUAGAUUCGACACCAGAUGUACAAAGCAAUGUGUCCAUUUAUCUUUCAGCUCUGGUGCUACCUCAUAGUCAGGCUUUAAUGUUUACAUCUGUCAUAAUAUGUCCAUCAGUCAAGAUAAGCAGUCUUGCUGGUUCGCUGAAAUGUUUUGGACCUGGUCUUCUCUAAACUUGGGUCACACUUCCUCUAGGAUCUCUCUUUUUUUUGCUAAUGCAGUUGCAUGCAAUGGUUUUAGCCUCAUGUAAUUAAAAGUUGAGACAGCUAAGAUGAUGGUAUUUUGAUUUUAAUGGUAUGAAUAUUCAGUAGUCUGUUUGGAUUCAUUUACCCAUUUAAUCCAAAUGAGGUAAGUACUUUUUGUUUCCACUUAAUUUCAGGUAAAACAGAAAUUAUAAGUACCCAAGAAUUAAAGAAAUUAAAAAAAAAAACACAUGGCAUCAAAAAGAACUGAAAAAAGGUUAAAUCAUUGUCCCGUCUGUAUCAAAGAGAAAUUAUCUUUCUUGCUCUACAGAGAGAAAAAUUUAAUUUUGAUUUUUUUAAAAAUGGCUUCAUGAAGAAGCAGUGCUUUUUUCAAUACUACAGUCCCUCAUCACUUCUUUUGAAAUGCAAGUCUUAACUGAGAACUUCAAUUUAAAAAUCACAUUUUCAUUUGGCGUGAGCAUAUUUCUCCUUAUCUUUUAGACUUACAUGUGAGAAUGUGCUAUUGUGCUCUUUGCCCACGUUUGUUACAGUAAAAUACAGCAUAAUAAACAAUGAGCUGGUUUAGUGCUUUUCCAUUAAGUAAACUUUUACUUAACCUCUUUAUGCAUUUAAUCAGUUUACACCAUUCUUUCCUGACUAUCUGAAGUAUAUACUGUCAAAUCAGUUUGUAUUUCUUUUUUUUUUGUUUUUUGUACAUGAUUUAAAUUUUUUAACAACUGUAUUAUUUAAAUGUUUUUGGUGUUUUACCUAGCAAGUUCAUUAAGAAGUCAUCAUCUUCAAUCUAAUCCUGCACAGAAGGAGUUCAGUCAAGCUAAGGUUAAAGCCCCAGAAGACGAUUUAAUCGGACAGGUGUUGAUUUGCCUCCUAUCAUCUAGUUCCUCCUGUCAUCUAGUGCCAAGAACACCUGGUCCAGAUUGAGGCUGAUUAAAUUGAGGUGUAAUGGAUCCCCCACCACAUUGUUAAAGCAUGUUUGUCCAACUUUCACAAAUGUGAUUUAGUCUAAUUUCAGUCGGUCCCAUGUGUUUACAAGUACUUUAAAAGUCUCCUUCUAGUUAGACUAAAUCCUUCUUUUUAACAUCACUUAAAUAUACUAAGUGUCUUCAAGAUUCAGUUCAUAACGUGAAGGUACAGGUAGCUGAAUGAAACAGUGCUCCCAUUUAGGUUUAAUCUAAUGCUUUGGUUUGUCUGCACCCACUGAUAGCAGCCUUCUGUCAGCCAGACGGCUAAAUCUAAGACGAGGACUAUCCUUUAAAGUGUGACUACUGUAAAUCUUCAAACCCUUCAGAUAAGUGCACUUGACCCGAAGUAGCUUUGUAUGAUACACUUUUAUGUAGCAGGCAGGCCUGAUGAAAAAAUCUUCAAUAUCUCAUGAUUUUCCAAAGCAAAAACAACAAGAGUGUCAAUGUGACUGCUCCUACAAAACAAAAUUAAGUAUUGAUUGACAGUCUUAAGUUAGUAUAACAUUAAUGGCCAAUUUAAGUGACAAUCUGUCAUCGCUGGGACAUGCAACAAAUCAUUGUGCUUUGUUAAUCAUCCAAUCAAUAAAACCCUAUUCACACGGUUCCUCACAAACAACAGGACAACAGACAUCAGUAUAAAUGUGUUUGUAAGAGAUCAACAAAGGUAGACAUUAUCUCUAAGCUGAAAAUGGUCAAAGAGAAUUCAAAUGCAGUCAUGUAUACCCAGGGAAAAAACGCAGAUUGUGUUUAUUCCUUGUAUAUAAUGAAGAGCUCUUGUGUCUGGAGAGGAAAUGUUAACGGCAUUGACAUUUUGUUUUAAUGUGCACCUUUAAUGAAACUGAAACUGGUCUUUUUCUAGACAGUGUGACUGGAUUUGUGGUGAUUUCAUUGUUGGCAUAUGAGUCACUAGUAUGUACAUUAGUGAAAACAGAACUAUGCUAUAGAAAUUUAAGUCCCACUCCAGCUGUUUCUUUUUUAACUACUUGUUCUCAGUGGUCUGAUUUUUUUUUUAGCCAAAACCAUGUUACUGGUGUCAUUUUCAAGGGCUUUUCUUCUGCAGAGCUCAUUCACAAUUCGCCUUUGAGUCAUGGACGGAGACAAUGUUACUCUGCACACUCCUCUUCACGCUAGUUUGUAGCCAAACAUUGCCUGUGCAGCAGAAGGAGCUAUUCAGCUCUUGAACAAGUAUGUCUUUGGGGGCACAACAAAAGCUGAUAUCAUAAUUCGCUUUCUUACGAGCGUUGCAGUCCACUACCGCACACAUUAAUUCUGCCAUUGUCCUCUAGUUCUCAGUGGCUCUGGCCUGUAGAGCAGGGUGCCAGGGGGCGGAGCUUAGAUUUGUGACAUAGAAAAUCUAACUGUAUCUGAACCUGCUGUUUGAGUCUGCCAGAGAAUCACAUCAACUUAAAUGCAGAAAUACUGAGAAAUGCAAUUUUGCACCUAGUUUUCUCAUGAUGUGUUGUCUAGCAUCAGAAAAAUACCAUAUGACCAUGUAGACGACAAGGAAAACAUGAUUUUCAUUGGAGUGGGUCUUUAAGUACAGGCCAUGAAAUUAGCUUUACUAUAAUCAGAACAAUGAAAAUAAAUCAGCUUUGACAACUGGUCUCUGUUUCUUCAAGAGGCACUGAAUGUAGACGUGUUUGCAGUCAUGGCAGGAAAAUUUCCUUUAUGAAGAAACCCUGAUGAUCCUUGAGUUAGCAAACAAUAAAGACAUAGACUGAACAUUUACCUCUGGCGUGGAUCAGCACACAAAGCACAUAGCCUCCAGAGACACAAACACUAGGUUUUCUCACCGCUGAAUUAUGACUGGAAAUAUUAAAUCUGUUUGCCAUAAGUAACAGCUAAUGUUAAAAUAAGGCUUUCAUGAUGUUUUCAUUCUGCAGAAGAGGACCAGAUGCUUAACUUAGGCUUUACAUCACUAUUCAGGUUCAACUCUUCUGUGGUACCAGCGCUACCUGAAGGCACCAAGGUUGAGUCAAGACACAGUGUCAGCUUCAGAGCUAGGCUUACAUAUCGACUGGUUGGAGGUCACUGUCAUCACAAAGGUGGUAUCACCUUGACACAGGCACCCUGAUACUACUGAGUAGUAAUGUAAUUGCGACAUAGCCCAGUGUUAGGCUGGCAGAGGUGAGGCAGGGGAUGGGCUGUCAGGAUGAACCGACUAGAGCCAAUACGCUUUGACUCUAUUGCUGUUAAUUGAAGAGAGGUAAAAAGACGGAUGGUGAAGAGAGAGAGAAAGGAUGAGAUGGAGAUGGAGAUAGCAGCAGAGGGACAAAGCCUGUCAGAGUAGUAACCUUAUCUCUGGAUGAACCUUGGCUGGUAUGUUGGAGGUUAAUUCAAAGUCAUGCCAGGGUCUGUCCCAUCGUGUCAUUUGGGAUACAAGAGAGAAUUUAUCAGCCUCGAUCUAGAGAAAAAAAGGCAAUUUGUUUAAGUAUUUCCAGCUAAUUGUAGAACCGUGAAAUCCAGAAGAGAGUUAAUGCAUCUCAACUUGAAAUUGAAGUGCCAUCCACGGUAAUCCUCUGUGUCAGAAGUUUCAACAUAACAAGCUCAAGAAAAUUAAUAUCAUUUUCUUUCCUUUUUAAGGGAUUGCAAAGCUGUCUAUGUAUUAUGAUGCAGUAAUCCAAAUUGCAUUUAGAGUAUUGGAAUUAAUUUCCCAAAGGUGUGAGGCUCAGGCAACAUUAGCUGGGAUGUGCAGCAUCUCCAGCAUUAGAAAAAAAAAGAUAGAGAGAGAGAAAGAGAGGGAGAAUGAGCGCUUUAUUUGUUCUCCUCUGUUCCUUUGAGAAUAGAGUCCUGAUGUUGGGACUUAUGCAGCUGCUGCAGCUGCAAAUACACAACUUGGCUACAUUUUUAUUGAUAGUUUUGCCCUGACAGUCUGCAGUGUUAGCUUUUCUGUGAUUCUUGAUGAGGGAGUUAAAAAAGCAGACCUAAUGUGCCCUAAAUCCAGCCCACACAGGUCUGAAAUACCUAAUUCAUAGCCACAAAGUUUCCACCCAAGGACUCAAACUGCCAGAUGUGGUCAAUAGGUAAGGGUUUAGGAUGCUGACACAGUAACUCUGAGUGACAUUUGCUGCAUUUUGAGCCGCUGGGACAUAAAACUGCACAUAUUUUAUAUAUGUGCUACGCCCUCAAAAAUGCUCUUAAAACAGGUGGGGGAAAGCAGGCUGUCAAUAUGAGUAGACGAUUAAAUUUAGAGUUUUUGCUGUGAUUAAAUGAUUGUUUGGGCAGAUUUCUAUCAGAGUUACAGAAGCACCAAUGAGAGCUGUUUGUCUUCAGCGCUGUAUAUCCACAGGAAUUGAUGGAUGGGAAAGAAAGGGCAGAAGCGCUCGCUCCAUUCAUCAAAAGCAUGCAGACAACCUCAUGGGGCUUGGUGGUACAGGUGACAAAUGAAGACCAAAGCUCUUGAUGGGGGGUGAGAAGGGUUAGAGCUUUGGAGGAAGUCCCAGCUUGAUAAAAAAAAGGACAGAAGCCACUUAUAUUUGAUCCAUAUGUUCUCCCUUGUCCGCUUAUUAUGCUCAGCUUUCAUAAAACGUCUCUGAGCUUUUGGUCUGGAGCUAUAAAUUGCAUGACAAAUUGGUCUUUGCACUUUAAGCUGGGUUCAAUAAGGCCCCAAAUUGGUACUUAAAAGUGUGCAGUGAGAAUGAGACAGAUGCGGCUGAAGGAGGCUGUGGAGACUUGAGUCGACGUAAAUCACAUUUUGCAUUUGCAGGCAGCAGGGAAGAGGGAUUCUAUUUGAAGCCCCAUAUCAACUCGAGGCUUCAAUGCAUAUUGUUAAAGUCUAUGGAAAUGGGCGAAGUGUGAGCAGGGGAGGAGAGAAACAUUAACUUGAAGGUCUUGGCCACAAACCAGGAAUAAUGCUUUCAAAGUUAUUCCUCUGAAAAUAGACAGGGCUUUCUAAACAUCUCCAUUCAUCAAUUGUAUGUCUGUAUAUUAAGCAGUAACGCAUAUGAAUAGUAGUGGAGUCACUUCAAAUGUUCCUCUUUGAAAUAAUCUUCAUAUAUUCAUUUCUAAAUCCACAGCUGACAGUGUUUUUUAAUUGAACUACCUAUUCACACAGCAAAACUAUCCAUUACAUUUAUGCAUCGGCUUCACAGACCCAAUAAAUUACUGUAAGCUUGGAAAAGAGGCGAUCAUUCAGGAAGUUUAAUGCCCCGCCUAACUGUCCAGAAAUUCUGACUCUUUCCAGAAAUAAGACUGAAGUAAAUUCAAGUAAAGGCCAAGCAGAGCAGAGCAGAGCAGCCCAAGUCUAGGCUGUUCCACACCUAACUGCACUAGUGGAUGAGUUUUUCAGUUCACUUGAUCUUUAUGAGGGGAAAAGCUUAAAGGAGGCUGCUUGUUGCUGUCAGGGAGUAUAUCAUUUUCCACGAAAGCUAAAUACUUUGGUUCUUGUUGGUCUGUCAAUAUCUGGAUUAGCCCAUGUACUGAAGGACAGAACAGCAAUAAGACUGCACUUCAAUUUUUUAUCACAUCGGGAACAUAUCCAUAUGUUCAAGGGCACCUUCUUUGUGAUGGAUGAGGGGGCAGAGUCUGUUUAUUUCUUUCCUUCCUGUUAUUAACUCAGAGAAUCAUAAUCUCGGCAGCUACUGUAUGUUCUCUGAGCAUAUUCAGCAUUUAGUUGAUUAAACUGAAGGUUUCUAUAGCUUGAUUUUGGACCAGGUAGAUUACUUGAUUUAAUUCUGCUGUUUGUCUUUGCUCUUUGCCAGACUACCUAUUUUUUUUCUUUUUUUUUGACCAGACCUUGGCAUACUUAUUAUAACCGUUUAUUAUGUGACUCUCAAAGCUCUAUGACUCUAGAAGUCCAGAUUUCUGUUAUCGGACUGAAUUUAGAGUGAAGCUCUAAACACAAAUAGGAGAUUGAAACACCUUUAAAAGCAAAAAGCUAUUUGAAAAACAGCCACUGUAGUAGGGCUUGACGAUAUGGCCUCAAAUCCAUAUCACGAUAUAUUGAGCAGUUCACCUUGAUAAUGAUAAAUAGACGAUAACUGCUCCACAAACUGCUCGCCCCCUCCCACAUUAACUUCGUCUACUUCAGCCGCCGCUCCAGCCGCUCCAACUUUUGAACCGUCUUUCAACUCCUCACCUGUCUUUCCCUGUUUGUUACGGACUGAAUGGGGUGAGGUCACGUCUCUGACGUAGGACAGCGUCUUUAAGGGACAUGAGACCAUAGCCUACCUACAUACAUCCAAAACCAACUUUUGUUUGUCUAUUUUUUUUUACACUAAAUAUACUGAUAUGGGCAAAAUGACGUCGGUUAUUGUAGUAAAUUUCAGUAUCGGUAAACUUUCGGUUUAUCGCCCGGCCCUACACUGUAGUGCUUGCUUUGCUAAUGGGCAAAAAACUUACAUCAAAGCUCUUGUGAGAAGUUUCUUCACUUUUAUGAAAUUGACUUAAAUUCAUGCUGAUGCUUUUUUUAUGAAAUCCAAAUUGAAACAAGACCAUCACUUUCUUCCUGUGUUUUAUAUCCCUCCCUCCCUUCCCAGAAAAAUAAAAAAACUUGGUGCUUUGCAUCAUGGAUAGACUAAUUAAUCAGUUUGGCUGAUUGAUCAGUGAUUAUUCCAUUUCCGGCAUUCUAAAAUAAUUGGAAAUAGACAAUAUCUGAACUCAUGAGGCCAAUUUCAAAAGGCUACAAAUAACAUCUACAGACCCUAAAGGCAGUCUUCUCAGAGUAGCAGCUGUCAGGAAACAUCAACAUCUCCUUAAAUAACAUGCUGAAUGACAGAAAAUCAAAUCUUAUUGUUUUUGGAAUAAUGAUAGCAAUGGAGAUAAAUAUUGCCACUGGCAUAAAUAUGUCAGUUUUGGAUACUUAAGAAUAGCCAAGUGUAUUUUUCUAUUUAAUGAAUCAGUUCAAAGUCCAUCUGAAACAUUUUUCUGGCAGAUUAUCAUCUAUAUUAAACUGUAAUGUGCAUGGAAUAAUGGCUGUAACUAUUGAUGAUAUGUAUAUUUAGUUAAAUGCAAUCAUGAUAUCGGCAUUAUAUAUUAGCAUUGGUAUUAGCAAAUGAAAAUCUUAAAUGGGUUGACUACAGAUUUUAGCCCUGUCAGUCUGAUGCCGUCUGUCACAGAUAACAUGGACAAUACAAAGGAGAUGGAGAGAACUCAAGGGACAUAAAGCCAGCUUGACAGUGAAAUUUAAGACCUAAACACUGAGAUCAAAGAGGAAUUAUUUUGCAGGAGGAGUGGCCCUCUCUCAUAAUGCAGUCUUUUUUUUUUCGUGUCAAUAUUAAAACUCCUGAUUAAUCCCUCUUAAAAUGUGAAUGUCAAGGAUAAAACUUGUCAUUUUCUCACUUUACGCAUCAGACUCUGUCUCACACACACAUGCAAGCGCAUGAGCUCAUAUACACACACACUCUUUGUGCUGGUUUAAUUCUGAACUGACUUUGACUGUGACUUUCAUUUGCGCUUAAAUCAUCCAUGCCCUAAAUGCAGAGAAAUCCAUAAAACUCUUCAACUUCCUAGGAUAAUGCUUGUCAAUGCUGACUCCGUGAUGUGUCCACGUGUAGUUAAGAGAUAUUUUGACACACUCUGUUUGUUUUAUGAAGACUGAUUACAGAUCAUGUUUGGUUUUAUGUCUGCAUGUGUUAUUGAUUUUUGCUGAGUGCUCAGGGUGGAGAAUAAUCACAGUGGAUGUAUUGCCUUCGCUGCAAGUUUAGCUUUGUUUACCAAGGCAGAGCUGUUUAAUUGCUCUUUAUGCUCUGCGCUCCGAGCUGUGUUGCCUCACAUAUAAAUUUAUUGGAUUUGAGAAAUUUGUGAAGCUAAUUAAAUGUAUUUCUUCGCUUUCAUUCAUUCAAAAAAAAAAAUUAUGAGUAUCUGCAAUAUAAUUAACAGUUUGUUGCACUGUAUUGAUAUUAUUCUAACUCUCUAACUGUAAAUAUGCAAACUGGUUAGCUAUUUUACAUCACCUAAACAAAGGGCCACACCUGUAUAAGUUUAUACUAACAUUGUUUUGGGACAUCGUUGGUGGGGUGAGAGAAAAAAAUCUAUACAGUGUAGAAUUGCGAUAUUUUGUUUAUCCAUCCAUUUGUUUAUCCAUAUCCGUGUUUAUCCAUCAGACAAGCAACUCAACUGUGUCUGAUUGAAAUACAGAUUUAGAUGUUUAACAUCCGAUUAGAAAUAAUUUCUGCAGAUGCUUUCUUACUACUUGAGAGAUUUCAGAUCAAACAAACAAAAUCUCUCCUCCAGCCUGGGCAUCCUGGUUGUUUUCAAAAUAAUUAAGGUAAAAUAUUCAAAGAAACGUAUUUCCCCAAACCCUUAAACAAUAUAUUUGGUUGGAAAUUAUAAGUUUCCCUCGCAAAUUUGUUUGAAAUGGGGCAAGCAAUUCCUUUUCAGUUUUGGAAAGUGCACUUUUUAAAAGUUUCAGCUGAAUUUUUAGAUUAAUGUCUGCUGCAGUCUCAAAAAUAUAGGAAAUGCAGGCUGUACACAUCAGCACUAGUCUCCUUUGAGAUCAGAUAAAAGAGAAAGCUUUAGACCUCCAUUUCCCCUUCUUCAGUGUCAGUCACUUACACUGAGGCCAGCUUUUCUGCAGUAACACUGUGGAGAAUUCCAGGUCUCACACCCACCAAGGCAGUAUAUCCUAUCAGUCACUUUAUAAAGCUGCCUUCUUUUUUUCCUUCUGCCUUGAGGGAGUGUUUCGCAUGGUUGAGUGUCCAUGAGGAGCCUCUGAGAACAUGACGUCCCACUGUGACAGGUCAGUUUUCACAAAGGGGUUACUACCACAACACUUAACCACUUAAUACAUAUGUGUUUUUACCAACCUUAACAUUAUACUUAUAUGCACACUCCGUACACAUAUGGAUGUUGUUUUUUGCUAACAUACUGUGUACUGAUGUGUAGCUAUUAGGAUAGAUGAGAUAAAAGGCCACACCUCAACCUCCUGUGUUUGUAAUGUGAUCUGCUUUGUCGGCAUAUCCCUCCCUUCAUUAGAGUUACUGUCUCAUAAAAUACUUGCAAUUACAACCAGGAGCUUGUUAAUAGUAGGAAAGCCAUCCUGCAUGUGAGGCAGAGGCAGUUUCCUCCUGCAGACGCACUGACAUACUGCAGCUAUGCUGCAAGUUAGUGGAGAGAACAAAGAAGCAGAUACAGAGUCAUUUUCUCCUGGAAACUGCCAAUGAAAAUGUAUCCUCAGGCCUAAAGAAUGAUCUGUGUCCUGGGUUUGAAUGCUUCAUGUCUGCGUUUAAUGGCUCGCAAUCUUGAGAUCCUCCAUCUAACAAAAACCUUUAUGUUCCUGUUGAGAGCAGAGCUCUUAACCAGCAGUCUCAGGGGUGUAUCAAAUCAAUUACCAGAUCCUUCAACAAUCACCACAGGGUGCAUUCUAACAUUUGUUUAAUGAUUACAGAAUAUAGAAGCCUCAUCACUAAAUAAUGCAAUCAAUGUGAGAGGUUUGGAGUGCACUUUUUUUCCCAAAGAUUUUCAGCAAAAGUUCCUCCGGUGAGCAUCGACUGUGCUUGACUCUGCAGUUAAAAAGUUUUGUUGUAAAAGACACCAUAGGUGGCAGAUAAAUAAACUGGUCCUACACCUUCAUAUCUAUCAGCAAAGAUUCAGCCGCAUCUUUUCUGCAGAGUAUUAUGUUUUCUUUUUGAAUGGAUAGAAAAGUCUUCUCUCCCCAAUGGACUGUGCUCACUGUAUCAAAACAAGAGGAAAUGCCAUAGUUAUUCUGAACAACUUCAGCUCAUAACACCCUCACCAGCAAAAGCUCUGUGCUGUUGUGACUCUAGAGGAAACAUCAUGUAAGAGGAAUUUGGAGGUCAAAAUCCCCUGAUCGAAAGUGAAGCAGUGCCAGAAAGAGCACUGAGUGAACCAGACAGUGCUCUGUCAGGCCUGCUGACGACAGACGAGGGAGGACGCCUCGUCAUUUGUCUCCCCUCUGAUCAGACCUGUCAGCCAGGAUUCUACCUGCGAGAAAAACCUUGUCCACUCAUGCAGGUUCUGUCACAAGGACUACUGCUCUCCUCAAACUUUGACAAAAAAGAGAUAGAUAGAUAGAUAGAUAGAUAGAUAGAUAGAUAGAUAGAUAGAUAGAUAGAUAGAUAGAUAGAUAGAUAGAUAGAUAGAUAGAUAGAUAGAUAGAUAGAUAGAUAGAUAGAUAGAUAGAUAGAUAGAUAGAUAGAUAGAUAGAUAGAUAGAUAGAUAGAUAGAUAGAUAGAAGCUUCCCCACGGUAAACAUUAAUAUGCUUCUACUCGUUCAUUAUUGCAGCCGGGCGCUGCUUUAAGCCCAUUGUUAUUUUUAAACCCGGUGUAGGAGUCAUAAUGCUGCUCACACCGCUGCCUGUCAGUUGCCACCGUGAGAGAACUGUUAACCACAUCUUUAUCCAAACAUGGCAGGUUGUCCAAGAUAUGCAGUAGCACUGAUCCAACAAGGACAGCCAUGCUUUUCUUAAUGCUUCCUCUCUCACUAAGAUUACUUAAGCUCCCUGUCUUAUGAGUAGGGGAGCCCUUCAAUUUCCCCCAGCCCAUAUAAUUAUGCAGACUAGGAGUAUGAAGCAUGUGAUUGUGUUCUAAGGCACCGGGUAUAUUACGUUUUUAGGGUGUCAAGGGGAGCACCUCAGGGAGAAACGUAUAAUUGCAGCGUGCAUUGGAGUGAAUUGUUAGCGCAUAUAAGAAGGAUUUUCUUGUUGUUUGCUUGACUGCACUGGCAACCACAUUCGUUUCAAGACUGUCAGUGAGCAAUAUGGAAGUGAAACAUGAAGGUAAUAUGAUAUAUGGAGGGGACUUUGUGCAGCAUAUGAAUUCGGACUCUACAUGAUUAUGUGAAAUGUGCUGAAAGUCUGUCAUUUGAGAAACAUUUAUCUCUUAGGUUCUAAGAAUUAAGUUUGUGGCCAACUGGGUUUUACAUUUUUGCGCCAACACUGGUAUGUGGUGUCAGUCCGAUCAACCUGAGCUGUUGUUUUUGUUGGGAGUAGCUCUGCAGACUUAGACGAGAUAAGACGGGGAGGCUGGUACACAUCAUAACAUCUGCAUGUUAGGUUGGCCAGAAUCUGAGCAAAGUCUGGGAACAUUUCAGUAUUUAAGAUAUCAACAAAAACAGGCCCAGACUUAAUGGACAGAGUUGAGAAUGUUAUGCGCUAAAAUGAACAUGGUCAUUUAAUGAUGAACCGUGACUGGGCGGCUCAAUUUGAAACUCGUAUGGUAAAGGUGAAUACAGUAACAAACAGCACCAGUGCAUCAGGCAUAGAUUCUACAAGAAAUAGAUGUUGUCUGCAGUGCUGAUUAAUAUUUUGAGUUUAAUGAGCAAAAUAGGAAAGAGGGAAUAAGGACAGAUGCAGAUUCACUUGUAUGAUUUUGUAGAGAACCACUUGCAUGUUGUGUGUUUGUGUUUCCUCACCCCUAGCCUUUUACUUUAGCGGCUGUAAAAACUGUCUCCCCUACAUCGUCAUUUACGAAGCAGAUUUUCCCAUGCAUUUGUACAUGAAUUUGUGUGUUACAUUUGGAACGUGUAGUAAAAUAUUAAGCUAACAAAUUAGAGAUUUCAGUGCGUUUGCAGGGUUUUCAAAGCUGCAGAUUGAUUUUCAUUGUUACACUAUAUCUGUCUAUUUCUCUUUUGAAGAAUAUGGUAGUUCACUUGGUUUAGAAAGUGUUUCAGAUUGUUGGCUCAGGAUUGAAACGAUUGAGAGUUGAGAAUUUUUGGACCAUGAACUCGGAACGAAAAUGUUUAACAUAAACUCUGAAGUUUCAUAGUUUAUUUUAAUCUGUGUGAACUGAUCUUUGAGCUUGCCCACUUGCAUAACACUGGCAAUGGAUCAAAACUGUAUUUCUUUCAGUCUGCUAGUAUGCUAAAGUUUUCCUUUGCACUCAAACCAUACAGUAUUUUAAUUUUAAUGUAUGCAAUACAGAUAUGAGUAAUUUUUCUUUUCAAGAGGCCCUUGUCCUAAAACAACAGCCUGACAAGAACAUACAGAUUUACCACAGUCUGACAAACCUAAUAGUACUAUCUACUCAUUUAUUCUUAUUUCCUUCGCUUUAGUUUACAGUGGCUUGUAUUGUUGCCUCACAGCAAAAAGGUUUCUAAAAUCCCCGGACGGGCAGGGGGCCUUUCCGUGUGGAGAUUGCUGGAUAUACUAUACUAUACUAUAUACUAUAUACUCAUUGGGUUAAUUGGUAACUCUGAAAUUGUCUGUUGGUGUGACUGUGUGCUGUGAAUGGUUGCUUUGUCUCUAUAUGUCAGCCUUGAGAUAGCUUGACAACCUGUCCAGGGUGUUACCUGCCUCUCACCCAAUGACAGCUGAGAUCAAGUGAUCAUUAAAUCUGAUUUAAAUGAGAAAAUUCACAGGAUCAGAACGCUUUAUCAAUUCACACUGUUAGCGCGGUUGUGCUCAAAUCACUGCCGUGCUUAGCUGAGUCUCAGAGAGCUGCACACAUCAAAGCUGAACACUCACUGUUGUCAUGUUUGAUCUACAGGGCACUUUACUCUUAAAGUAAGGAAGUUUUAAAAUCUAAUGUAAGUGCAACUGUUUAUGUCCAGAGAAGUGGGGAGUAAUAAACUGACCGUGUCUGCAUCAUGGAUCUUUGCUGCAGUGAGAGACCUGCAGUCAAACAGUCAGAGAUCCUGUGCUAUUCAUGAGAGCAGACGGGUCAGAGGAGGUUGAGAACAGUCUGUGAUAUUUUGAGAGACCAAACCAGGUGAAACAAAGUGAUAAAUUUUUCAAGUAGCAUAGAGACUUCACAGUUGUGUUCAUAGCAGCUCAUAAUCAUUCAUCACAGGAGGGCAACUGAACCGCAAGCCAGGAGGUUAUCAUCACCUCCACAGCUCCCCUUCAGAGUGUUUGGAGUCCCCCUGUUGCCAUACCAUUGUUUUAAUACCUUGAACCAUAUCUAAAAGGCAAAAUUUAAAAAUACUCCCACCCCCCCUACCUCCUUGACUAACUCUUCAGGAUCAGUUGUACACUUGCAGAAGCUGGGGAUUACCUGGGAAGGUUGCCUGGCAGCUGUAAGGAUGAGGUGUACGAAGGGAAAGGUCGUGGUUGCCUCCCUUUUGCAGCGAGCGUUCUAUUAGUGUAAUGGUAAUCAAAACAUCAACACUGGCCUGUCCUAUUUAUCAAAUCCAAGGGUAAAGGACACAGAUCCAGCGCCGUAAACAAAAUCAUUUGAGAAGUCGUGGUGAGUUCAAAGAGGACACAACCAGCACUUUUAUCUAUUUAUACCGCAGAGACCAACGGAGAUUCUGGCUGUUUCACCCAGCGGCACCUUUAGGCUGACGAUGUUUUUCCUGUACAGCUCUGCAGCUCUGGUUCAAGCUAGAAAUUCUUCACAGGGAUCAGUGUAUUCCAGAAAUGGUGUGUGGGUGGGUGGUGAUAGUGUGUGUGUGAGUGUGUGUGUCUGUGUGUGGUGUGUGUUACAGUGUAUGGCAGAGGAAAGUGAGGUAAUAUUAUAGGGGGAUUGCCUGUAAAGCCAUAACCUUUUCCCGUCCUCUGCUGCUGCUGUUCUUCCUGAGGGUGAUCAGCAGGCGAUGUCGAGGAGAGACUUUUCAACAUUAUUAGCUUAACUCUAAGUGGAUAAUUGUCACUUUACACCCUAUACAAUUAAUUAAGUGUUUGAAUUCAUGCAGAUGACAUGGAAAUUGAAUAUAUGUUUCUUUUUUUUUUCUUUUUUUAAUCAUACAAAAUAAAUUUAAAUGUCUUUGAAAGUACAGUCAAAAUCUAGGGAGCUCUAAAAGUAUUCUCUUUUGUUUCCAAUGUUGCUCAGUAUUUUUCUGAGAUGGGGAUUGCAAUCACACAGGAUAAGUUAAGGAGAAACAGAUACGUAUAAGUAGGGCUGGGCGGUAAAGCAAUAACAAUAUAAAUCGAAAAUUAAUUUGGAUAUAAAACAUGGUCAAUAUCCUUUUCGAUAGUUGGCAUUCUGCUAUGUUUUGGUUGACUAAACAAAAAGCCAUAUAAAAGGGGAGUUGCUCCGAGUCUGCACUGCAAUGAACCAAUCAUAUACUGAAUUAGAACCAAGGAGCAAACACCUGCGUAGUAACAGGCUGCAGCUACACGCAACCAUAGCACUUUAGCACGUGAAGCCGACAGCACUGUUGGUGAGAAAAAAAAGAAAAUGAGUCGACAACACUGGCGAGAAAACAUUGGUGGUGUGGAGGUAUUUUGGUUUUUUAAGGUCGGACAUGAAGCAGAGUAAUGAGCACUGUAAAUUAUGUCGAGUACAUGUUGCGGCAAAGUCGGGGAAUACAUCAUGGCGCCUGUGCAGCCAAAACAGCUGACCAUUCCACUUUCUCUAGCGCAACGCCUCACGGCGAAAGACACACCAAGACCUCAAAGAUGCAGUAGCUUAUUGUAUUGCAGAAGACGUGCUACCAAUAAGCACUGUUAAAUCUCAUUUUUUAUAUUUUGAUAUAUAUCGAUAUGGAUUAAUGUGAAAAAAAUAUAUUGUGAUAAACUUUUUCCCAUAUCGCUCAGCCCUACCUUUAAAAUUGGUAUUUUAUUUCAGAUUAUAAUCUUGGUCUUGAAGUUGUGUGAUAGACUGUGAAACACUUAUUGUGUCUCAGAUUACUUAGGAAAUAAAACUAGAUUAAUUUAGACUUUUUAAAACUAUUAACCUAUCAUCUAUUUGAUUUCUAAAUGUGUGGAUAGAGAGAGGGACAAACAUUUGACCUCAGUUCAUCUUGGAUCCCAUAGCAAUGCAUAUGUUUUUCAUUGUCUACUAUUAAAAUAAUUACCACUGCCUGUUAUCACUGUGACCAUAGCAGGGCGUGUUCAGCAGUUCUGACUCUAAGCCACAACAUAGAUGGGUUUGACACUGUCAGAUACGCGUGAAUUGGCGCAGCUACAAUAUAUUUGGCCGCGGAGCAGAAACCCUGCAACAAGGUCUGAUACUGUCAAAGCAAUGGCAGUCAGUGGAGCAUGUCAUUGAUAUUUGGUGCAUUUAUGUCUUAUAAGUGAAGCCAUUACUCCUCGCACUGUUUGAUGUCAACUCUGUAGGAAUCUUUAAACUACUGAAAUGUCUUAAAAUGUGGACAUGUUCUUGUCCUUUUUAGAUUUGUUUUUGUGCUGUUAGAAUAGUGGUCUGGGUAGAAAGAAUCAGUUCAAAAUAAGGUCUGGGGUCAGGAAACAAUAUAUAUGGAAGAGAUACUUGAAUUUUCUUUAACUGUGCCUAGUGUUUUAAGUCUUUCAACUUCUCUGUGUUUGCAUGUUUAAAUAAAAUAUUUCCAUACUUACACAGCAGAAUCGUUUAAGUUUAAUGAUCAAUUAAAGUGAUUCUUUUAACCCUCCUCCUGUGUUAGGGUCUGCACCGACCUGUUUUUGUUUUAAAAUGCUUAAAAGAACCACUUAAAUGAGCUUUUUUGCAUCAAGACUUUUUGACUUUGUCAGGAACCUCUAUUUCAACAAAAUAAAAAAAAAUUAAAUUGACUACAUUAUAAAAGGCUCUCAUUAAAAUUAUGGCACUUGUCAUGUUAGGGUCGCUGUUGACCCGGUUUGAUUAAUAUCUAAUAAUUAGAGCAAAAACUAAAAUCAUAUGUGCACUGUCAGGUACCACACUAACAGUGAGAUGCUCUACCAAUCAUGUGAGAUUUAGGAAAUUCUCAUUUUGCCUGUUUUUACCUGCACAAAAAACAAUGUCGGGCAUGUCCAGACAUGUGAGAUCAGUUCAGUAUAGACGUCUGUGUGUGGGGUAUACUGACAAGUAAGGCUCAGAGACCCACACCCAAAAUGACUUUAUAAGGAAUGUUUUCAUGGAUAAUGAACACUAACAAGGUAACCUAGAGACGAGAACCAAAUUGGAUGAUAGAGAAUUGUUUUAGUGUAAUUUGAAGCUGAUUUAAGACACGGGUCGAAACUGACCCGUUAACAAAGUGGGCGUGUAGUGAAAGCUAACACAGGAGGAAGGGUAAAGCCACGGUAAAUGUAUCUGUGCAUAUAUACACAUACAUAUAGCAGGGGUAUGAUUGUAGCAGAUAGCUAGCCUCAUGCAGAAUCAGCAGGUCUAUCCUAAUAAACUGGUAUCCUGAGAUUCAACGGCGGUGAGGAUAAAGACAACAGUGCAAGCAAAAUAAAUCGUCCUUUUGAUUUAACCGUUGCCAAGCUUUUCUUCCGUGCUAUCAGUCCCAGCUGCCUUGUGUCACCAUGGCAACCGGUGGUCAGGCUGAGCUCAGCAUAGAACUGUUCUGGUCUUGAGAAAACCAUAAACAGAAGGACAAACAAAGGCUGCUCUCCAAAGCUGUGAUGAGAAAACGCAGCACAGUAUUGACACCAGCCUGAGAAUUGUCACAAGUAUGCAAAUUAUCUCGCUUGUGUGAAGUCUCUGACGCAUCAAUCAUCCACAUCUUGGGCUGUUUUAAUAUGUCAGUGCACACAGCACAGAAUUAAAUUGUAUACUCCACAGAAUGUAUGAGGGCGUUGUGAGAUUAUUGCUGUAAAAUCAUUUAAAUAAAUCACCUCACAGAUAAUAACAUCACGUCAUCUCUAUUAAGCAGCUGACAUUUCCUUUAUUCUGUAAUGGGAGCAAAAUGAAAGGCUAACAUUAAAUCCAACCUGCUUCUACCCAGCUGAUAAUCCACUAAAUGGGGUAAUUAUGAAUUAACUGGAUGGUUGUAAGUUGUGGGGGCGGACGGGUGACCCGCGAGCGUGAUGAUUGUUCUUGUAAAAGGACAACCUGUGCUCUGCAGCGUGGCCUUCAUUGAGCUGUCAGGAGCUGUGGGGAUGCGGCGCUGUCAGCCUGCCUGCCCACCUCCAGCAUCCAUGGGAUCGAUCACGCCGCCGCCUCCUAGAGAAACCCAACCACCGCAGCUUCUCCAAUUACUGCUGAUGGGCCACAUCUUUCUAUCCGAAGGGGCAUCAGAGCCAUAUGGUGCCUUUCAGAGUCAGGGACAGAGCAAGAGUAGGAGAAAGAGCGAGAACAGAGUGGCCGGCUUGCUUCAGACAAGAGAUACGGACGGAGAAAGAAAGAGAAGGAAUGUGGUGACAAGCAUACAAGCUGAUGAAAUCCUCUGCACUGAACUUUGCCAAGACGGAUGCUGAACUUAGAUCCACGUGUGCAUUAUUAAUAUUGACCACUUAGACAAGAAUAAAGAGGCAUUUACUCAGCAACUGACAUGCCUGAAUUAAUCAUAGAGGCAUAUUCAAAGGCAUGAUGAAUUCUCUUUCAUGACAAACCUGGCAAAUUUCACUUAAACGACAGAUGUCUUCAGAGGGGAAGAAAAAAAGCUGUCAGGGCUGUCAUUAGCUUCAGCGUUAUCUGAGCAUCAGAAAUCCAGCCAAGGACAAAUAGUGUGUUUUUUUUUUUUUUCUUUCCUGGUGGGGAAUUUUCCAUUCUGCUGAAAACAGACCUUCAAAACAGAAUAUCACACACAGAGUAAAGGUGAUACACGAAAGGAGAUCAUCACUGUUGGGAUUAUUGCUAAUGUGUGCAGAGGUGUAGCCCUCCAAGUAUAAAAACAGUCAGUUCUGAUGAAAAUAAGUAUGUACUUUCCCCCUGCAGAUAGUACAGUAGCCACUUUUUUUUCGCCAAAGGCCAGUGAGCCUUUAAGUCUAUUGUUCUAUAUGUUUUUCUGGGUUCAUAUACUUUAAUAGUGUGUAGUGUGUGUAUGUGUGUGUGUGUUUUAUAUUUCAUCCUGCACAUAGCUCUAGGUGGGUCCAUCAAAUGGAAGUAGAAUUACAAAGGACUGUCCCCACAGGGCUCUAAAUGCUCCUCUAGACUCUAUAAGAUUUUAAGAUUUAUCACAAAUUCUGCCGCAGUCAGAACCUACAGAGAGCAAAAUCACAAUCAAUGCUGCAUCCAGCGAGAAGUGUCUACACUCUCAUACUUUUCCUGCAAGACAACUCUUGCUUAAAGCAUCACUUCCUAUAGGAAUGCAUCCUUUAACCAUAUAUGUGUAGUAGGCUGAAUGUGAGUGUAGAUCCAUCUCUAUUCUGUCGUCACAUUUUGAGACAAUCAAUACCAACAGAACCCCGUCUGGUCUUGCCCUCUCUUUCUGCUCUCUCCAUUCGAUUCUCCCUCUUCUCGUCUUGUCCUUCAUCCCUCAUUUCAGAUGCACAGACUGACAUGGUAACAAUGGUCAGCCCAUUGCUAGAGCCAACACAGCCUGCCUGACAGCAUGAGCUUGACUGAAAGAGUGUGAAAUUGUGUGUGUGUACGUGUGAGGGUGUGUGUGUUGUGCUUGCCUUGCUUCCACUUCAACACUUGUGAUUUUCUCAGUGUUUGGUAUCUGGUCAUAGAGCAUAACACGCCAGAACUGUUGUUAAAAAGUGUCACAGCUGCCUGUUGUGGUACACAGCCCCCCUGUGUUUUUUUUAGUUCGUGCUCUGAUUUUACUAAAAUUUGGAAAAAAUUCAGGGGCUCUUCUCAGCUCAGUUUGUAAAAAUGGUGCUCAAUGUAGAGAAGACUUGCUGCAUUGCCUCGAGGUUUGACUCCGAGUCUCUGCGUGUCAAGCCUACUGAGUCUCCUCUGUGUUUUUAUUUAUUUUUUGCCUUUCUGCAAUAAUGUUGUCAAUUCGAGCAAAUGCAAAAAAAGAAAUCUCGGUUAUUUUCUUAGUGCAUUGCAGAUGUUUAUUUUACAAAUAAAUAUACCCCUCCAUGGCUGAUAAGAAUAAUCUAUCUCUGUAAGGUGACAUUUCCAAAGCUGGUUAAAAUAGAAGGUCUAAAUAAAUUACAUCAAGGAAAACAAAUUAGAUAAUCACUGUAUUGUAAAUCAACCUGAAACUUAAUUACUUUUGUUACAUUCAAGGUUUUCUUAAAAAGACAAAUAAGACAACCAGAUUAACCCAGUCUGACACCCAGAAAUUUACUUAAACAAACAGUGAAAAAUUACAUCUACUGUUUCUGGUGGUUUCACAUUUUAUUAGGGCUGGGCGGUAUGGCCUUAAAUCAAUGUCACGAUAUAUCGAGCAGUUCACCUCGAUAAAACUAAUUCAGUGAUAACUACUCUACAAGCUGCUCACCCCCUCCCACAUUAACUUCUACUUCAGUCGCCGCUCCAGCUGCUACAACUUUUGAACUGUCCUCCAUCUCCUCACUUGUCUUUCCCUCUUUGUUAUGGACUGGAUGGGGUGCAGUCAUGUCUCUGAUGUAGGACAGCGUCUUAAAGCGACAUGAGACCAUAGCCUACCUACACACCUAAAACCAACUUUUUACUUAUUUAUUUAUUCGACACCCAAUAUAUUGACAUGAGCAAAAAGACGAUGGUUAUCAUCAUAAAUUUCGGUAUGUAAAUUUUCGAUUUAUCGCCCAGCCCUACAUUUCAUUGUGAUAAAUAUCAGAGCUGAUUCAAAAUGCUGCAUCCCUCUUGGAACAAUGAGGACAACAACAUUUAUUUUUCUUUUCCUUAAGAAUGUAUUUUAAAGAAUGUAGCUCAUGAUUAUAGUUUUUGAACAUCCAUUACCUUUUCUAAAUAAAGCACGUCUCACAAUAGUCUUCCAGUCACAGUUCUCAUGAAUACCAUCGUUUAUAUGGAAAUGAGUUUUGCUCAGACUGCUUCCCAUACAUUAGAUAGAUAGGCAGGUGUGUGUAAGAUGUCUUUUUUAACAUAUAUAGAUCAACCCUGUGACAUAUUCACUAUCUUUCACUGUCGGAGUAAAACAGCGAGUAAAAGAUUUGUAUUCAGUGCAGUAACCAUAGCUACACAAUGCACAAAAGGCACAUUUUGGGUUAGAGCCUGCUUUAUCUCUAAGAUUUUAACCCCUGAGGAGCAGAGGCACAGCUUGAGAUCCUCAGCCUCUUUUGGCAGCUCCAAGAUGACAUUUAUUGCUUUUUGAGCUAUUUCUGUGAGCAUUUCCUGGCACUGCAGCAACCUGCUGGGCAUCGUAGUCUUCUUUAAAAUAUUUUUAUAGCCUUUACGCUGUUAGAGCAUAACUGAUAGAAAUUCUUGUCAUGAUUUAGCUCUGUCCUUUCAACAUUUGAAUUAAACAUUUUUGCUUUAUUCUGUAUUGAUUCUCUAUCCAUGCAUUAAUAUAUUUUUUCAUGACUGAACUUUUAGCCUUGCAUUGUCAUCAGGAUGCAACGGUGGUAUGUCAUAUACAGCACGGGCCUUGAGCUUGUAUAGGAGCCACACCGAUACCAAUCAGCUGUCAGUUGAACACCAACAAGAGGAAGCGUUGGUGUAACAAUGAUAUACUGUUCCCUCCCAUGCAGGAGGUGCAGGUUUGAACAGGCCUUUCAAUCUCCAUCAUGUCAGAGCAGAAUACAACUAGUGUGAUGAAGGAGGUGGAUGUGUAUGGGAGGGUGGAUGGCUCUGUGUGUGAUGCUGUUAGAGGUUUAAAGAGAAAAAAACUAAGCAGUGUCAGAAUUUACUAAAAUACAGUAUACCCAAGUAUUUAAGAUACUCUUUAUUCCAAAUGUGACCGAUGACUUGCUAUUCUACAUACAUUAUAAUUCAAAAGACAAAAUAGAAGUAUUGUUUUUUAUCAAACAAAAAAUUACGUUCAAGUUUUUAAACAACACCAUCUAUAUUGUGGUGCUUUUCAAUAUUUUUUCUCAUUUAACCUUUCACAAGAGAUGCACCAAUCCAUUUUUUUCUGAUCCAAUCUCAUACUGGUACCUGGGCUGAGUGUAUCGGUCGAUAUCAGAUAUCGAUCUAAUACUACUGUUAAAUGGACGAACUGUAUACCUUGCCCUGUGAGUGAAGGCAUCAGGCCUGACAUUAGCCUUGUCAAAAAAAGGUAACAAAUUAGGUAACACAGAUAUAAAUUUACUCAAUAUUACUUAACAAAGAGCAAAUUGCAGAUUAGCACACAACUAAAAGAAGACAGACUUCCAUGUAAAAAUUUAGUGCAAAAGGAUAGACAGACAUAGAAUAAAGAGCGAACAGAAUCGCUGUGUAUGAAAUUAAUAAAAAGAAUAUUUACACAGCAUGUUGUGAGGAUUCCUUUUUGUACCCUUAAUACUUGUUAAAUUUAGGUUUGCUUUAUGAAAUGCCAGUGACACUCAUUACCGAAUUUAUCCUGGCAGUGUCUGAACCUGAAACACACAAGAGGAAAAAAAGGUUGAAGUCCUACAGGAAUAAUAAAAAGAAGAUAACUAUAGCAAAGUUCAUCUUACAAAAUAAAGAAAAAAUCAAUUCAGGGAGAGUGCUUGCAUGAGAAUGUACAAGUAGGGAAUUGACCCUGCAGCUUUUUUAUUCCACUCUCUGAGCUCUGCGUCCAUGUUCCCAACUCUCUUCCUUUGUUGAUGUAAUUUGGCACCACAGCACAUGUUUUAAAUCCUAGGGCUCAAGUCAAGUAUCUGUGAGUCAGCUGGAUCUACAGAAAGAGCAUUCCCCGUGGUUUUGAGAUAAUUACUGUCUUCCCUUAUGACAACCCUAUUGAAUUUAGAUUAGGCCAAUAACAAAUCUGCGACACCGUGUGCCCUCUGCUUUGCACGUUGUCAAUAGGCUGUUGAUGUACCCGACUCCGACUCUCAUUUAUAUUUUCACGUGGCAUCAGCUGGUCCCCCUCUAAAACCACAGUGGCUGCCCACAGGCGAGUACAACCAACACUGUGGCAGAUGAGGCUGACAGAGGAAGUCUCAUCAAUAAUGGAGAGUGGUAGCUGGGGGAGUCGUGCAGAGGAAUGGUGGUGGAGUGAUUGAGAAGUGCAGCUGGUGUGUUUGUGUCAUUCUUCCAAAUGGAACAGUUUGAAAAGCGGUACAGAAACAUGGUUCUCACCAGGUAUGGGGAGGAAGAAGGACAUUAACUGUCGGCUGUUUUCUCAAAUGAUUAAUUUCCUUAUUCAUUCUAUAUAUAUUUUUUUUUUGUCAGUAUAAUUUAAAUUUGCUGGAGAGUGACUGUUAUUACUGAGUAAAGGAGAAGGGGUAGGUUUAAAAAAAAAAAAACAUAAUGCUUCAACCUACUCCUUUUCGGACGUGUUGGGUUUGCAUUAAUAUUAUUUUUAAAUUUUAUUUUUAUUAUUAUUAUUAUUAUUAUGAUUAUUAGAACAUUUUAUUUUUACUUUUUUGCUUUGAUUAUUGUUAUCGUUGUUUUGAAUAUUCUCAUUGGUUAUAUUUGUUUUCACUGCACGCACAUGCCGAAAAAAAUCACUUCCCAUUAUUCACUUUUACUUAUUGGCUUUUGUGUGUCUGCAUACAAAAAUCCCAAUAAAUCUCACCCGUGUUCAAAGCUCUGACAAAUUAUCACAGAAAUGUCGAGAAAAAAGCAACUGAGUAAAGAAAAAAAAGUAUAGAUUUGUACAUUGAGGAAAGAAGGAUACACUGAAAGAGGAAUUGCAAAACGCCUAAAGAUGUUUAACAAAGGAGUCCACAACACUCUGAAGAGACUAGAGGAACCUGGAAGUUAUGAUGAUAGAAAAAGACCUGGAAGAAAGAGAGUUACUACAAGAGCAGAGGAUAAACAUAGCAUUGUCACCAGUAAGAGAGAUCGACGAAAGACAGCACCACAAAUAAGGGUGGAAAUCAACAUGACAAGGUCAAAACCCAUAUCUCUGACAACCAUGGAAUGACGUUUGAGAAAGGCUGGUCUGAGGGGUUGUGUAUCUGCAAAAAAGACUUCUUCAUCCACAGAACAAGAAAAAAAGAUAUGAGUGGGCAAAAGCUCACAAAAAUUAGACCUAUGAUGACUGGAAACAAGUUUGCAGUGUUUGGUUCAAAACAGAGUCUAUAUCCGCAGACCAAAUGGUGAACGUCUGAAAACACCAUGUUUUUACACUCACAAUUCAGCAUGGAGAUGGUAGUUCCAUGGUAUGGGGAUGUUUUGCAGAUGAUGGAGUUGGAGAUUUGUUUGAAGUAAAGGGUAUCAUGAAGAAGGGACAGUACCACUCCAUCCUCCAGCACCAUGCUGUUCCAUCUGGACUCAGACUUGUGGCUUAUAAGUUUGUUUUGCAGCAAGACAAUGACCCUAAGCACUCUGCCAAGCACUGUCAGGGUUACUUAGACAGAAAAAAAAGAGGAAGGUGUUAUUGAAAAGAUGGUUUGGCCCCUUCAGUCUCCAGACCUUUCUCCAAUUGAGCUUGUGCGGGAUGAAUUGGAUCGAUCGGUCAGAAAAGGGCGUCCCACGAAUCAGCAGUCUGUUUUUAAUGAACUUAAGAAAGCUUGAAAUGCAAUCCCUGGAACAUACCUUUAAAAACUUGUGGAACGAAUGCCUGGUAUAUGCCAAAUUGUUGUUAAAGACAGAGAAGGUUACUUUAAAUAAAGCAAAGUCUAAGCAACAAUAACUCAAAUACCUAAUAAUUAUAGUAAAAAUGUCUUCUGAUAAGUUUUUCUUUAGAUAAUUAUUAGGUUUUUUUGUUGUUGUUGCAAAGUAUUGUGAUUUUUUUUAUACAAAUUUGAUCUUGCUUCCAAACUUUUGGCCUGUAGUGUAUAUGUAUAAGAUAUUUAAUUGUGCUCCCAAGAGAGAAUAAAUAAGAGAAGGAGAGUUAUUAAUAGCUGAUGGGCUGCAUAGCCUGUCAAAUUGCUCUUAAGAUGUGUGCUUUUGCAUAAUUUAGUAUUUCUUGAAAAUCUCCUGUGCUGCUGUGGUAUUUUUUCCUUAGGGGGCAAAAUUAAAUCAUAAAUGACACAAAAUAAAAAAUAAGAUAUAGGUAUACUGCAUAUUUUCUGUAUUUUAGGCAACAGAAGCCAUCCUGUUUUCAGACAUGUGAGAUAAAUAUCCAACUAAAAGCAGCUAGAAGAAUAGAAUCCUAAAGGUGCACCCCUGAAUGACAAAAACAAAAAUCUCAUCAGCUUCCUGUCCAUCAAGCAGCAUGUAAUAGCACCUCAUCAGAGCCCUCUGAGAAACAGACCCACCUAAUGAUUAUCUCUCCCAACAGUUGCGCAGAUGCAAACACAAAUUCUGUCCAAUAAGGCACUGAGAAUGACCCAGUGGCUCUGAUAGAAUGACAGCGUCUCCUCCCAGCUGCCAUCCUGCUCAUUUCCUUUUUUCAAUGCCUCUCAUUGUGUGAGGAAGAGGAGGCCCAUUCUUACUCAUGUCUCUCGUGCUCUCGUUUCUCCAGGGGCCAGCCCUGAGGACAGGAAACUGUUGGGGGAGUUUGGAUGUACCUGGUGGCACAGCUUCCAUCCUAUUUGACCACCUUCAACUACAUAUAGCUCUCCUCUUGGGGCCGCACCAAUUAAAGCGGGCUUGAAAGGAAGAGUAGUGGCUGUCUCCAACAACACCGACGCAAGGAGGGAAGAGAUACACAGGAGGAGGAGGGGCCUGUGUUUGCAGCACUGAGACACACAUCUGCUGGUGAGUAUGUCAUUGUUCUCGCUGUUGUGUGGGGGACAUGUCUCCACACAAUAGACCAACAUUUUACUACUCUUACCCUGGAAGCAUUUGAUGGUUUUCCAGUCGGUAAAUGAUGAAUUUAUAGAGAGAAAGAAUUUUAUCCGACAAUGAACGCAAGGUAUUGAUUUCCUUGUUAGGAGCAGCAUGUCUCUCUGCAAAGAUGUUUCUGAAAUAUGUGAGGAUUUUUUUAUAUCCCUGCAUGAAGUGUCUGACAGCCCAACUGACCUUGGCAGCCUUGUUCUGUGCUCCUCUUCACUGUCAAUCAUGUACCAUAUAAAACAAACAACUACCGAUUCUAUUAUUCAAAAAUCUUGCUUGGAUUAAGGUUUAAAGUUUCCGAAAAGCUGCAAGAGACAGUAUUUUUUACCAACUAUUUUUUUACCGUCUUUCUCACUCCAUUGGGGUUGUCUUCCUGCCUCCUGUCUCACUCCCUAUCAUAGAUGUUCAAUUUUCACCUGGAAAUCCAGAAGAGGAAUUAGGUGCAGGACAGGGGCAAAAUGAUCUGACAGAUCCACUUAGCUCUGCUGUCCUGAUCCUCCCGGCCUCUGAGGUUAUUAGUGACUGUUAUAUAUGUAGGUAUAGCACAUGGGAUCAAGGGAGCGAAGGUAGAAAGGUGGAGGAGACUCAGAGGGGAGGGUGUGAGAGUUCAAGAGCUGGUCCCACUGAUGACAAAGCCAAGGAAAUAAUCUAAAGGUGCGGAGGCUGCAAAUGAUAAGAUAGUGGGGAGGGGGCAAGAGAAAGAGUGAGACAGGUCUGGUGUAAGAUUGCUUUUAGGCUCUGUUUUCUUCUCGCUAAAAAAACGAAAAUAUCAGGAUUUAUUACUGGCAAGCCAAGGGAAAAAAAUCUAAACCUUGCACUCUUAUAUUGCCUUUUACCCUGUGCACAAAAAAAAAAAAGAAGACAGGUUAGCAGAGAAGAUCCACACUGCUCCACAAUUCAACCACCAAUGGAUAGCAGAACAUCAUGUCAAAGCAUAAACUUAUCCCCCAUACCUAACAGCCAUAAAACGGGCUUUGCAUCUGAAAAGAAACACACUGUCAUCCUCUGCUCUCAGACAAUGAUUGUCAGCACUGCAGAAAAAUGAAAAUGUUACUUUUGUUAAACAGAAGAGGGGAUGAAGGAAUGAUUACCUUUGAUGAACAGUAAUCAUUUUUAAUUUACACCAGCAGAUGUUUUACAGAGUUCAUGGUCACCAAAGGCUAGAGUUUUUUUAAAAAUAAUUUUUAGCUUUAACAAACACUUGCGAUUUCAUGUUUAUUUGGAGUCACCAACAACAAUCUUCUCACCGGCCUCGAUCACAUAGCUCAGAAGAUGAAAUGGACCCAUGCUGCUUGGAUUGGACACGUUUAAAACUGACAGAGUAGGAGAGUAUGAUGUUACAUCCAGUGUCCUGUUUCCCUUGUUUUAGCACAUGUGUGUCCACAUCUCCAACAGACCGUGUCCAAGCACUAAUGAAUUGUGCUCUCUUGGAGUGGACUCAGGCGCGGUGCUGGAGUCCUAUUGAUUUUACACUGAUUAAAUGAAUCGGACUUUGGGGUGAAAUACAUUCAGAUCUGGGUACAGGUUACUGAUGUGAAACCAUCCAUAGAGAGCGAUUUACAGUGAUAUUAAGCACAGUUACAGUAUCUGUGGUCCAUAGAGAACCAAUUGUUAUGGUGUUUGGACUAUUAAGCACUCAUAUUAGUUCACAGUGGGUCAGUUAUCCUGUUAAAUAUCAUUUACAUGCAACAUUGGAAAAGAAUAUCAUCUCAGAAAGCAUGAAACCAUGUUGGCUUAAAAUACAGUGCUAUCAUACGAUCAAAACUUGAGUUCAUCCAUUUCUGUGGCUCAUGAUUCUUAAACAGUAGAUUUUAGAUAUUAAGUAUACUGUAAAAUUAACUUAUUGAAUAGACUUCUAAGCAUUUGAAUGUUUAUGGGCUACAGUGGCUGAAACAAACGGAAAGCAGUGUUAAUUCAGGUCAGCAGUCAUGUUUAAGAGUACAGUUUUGGGGGGGCUCGUAUAUGAAGUGCUUACAUGACCUUCGAAACUCUGUUCUUAUUUCCAAAGAAAUCAUCAAUGAAAGGUGGGGUAGGCGGGAUCUGAGAAAGUGCCAGUUUUUGGGGAGAAAUCUUGAAUGUUAACUCUACCCCUCCCAACCAGUUUUCCCCUCAGCUCCUCCUCUUCCCUCCCUCUCUGCUCAAGCAAGCCCCGCCCACAAACAGACACUCCUGCUCGCUCAUAUCGUUCCAAUUAAAUUCAGACAUAAUGCAGAUAAAUACCUCUAGUUAUUACAAAUAGAGCCCAGUCAAAGUGAAAGUAAACAGCAUUGGUGCUACUGUAGAUGCCAACAGACUACCAGCAAACACAAUGUUUGCAGGACUUCUACAACUAGGAUAAAGUGACAUACUUCAGGACCCGUGGUAAACAGUUUAGCGGCGCUACAACACGCAGCAGGUCCUGUUUGACAAGAAACACUUCUGUUACAGACACUUGGCUUACUUUGUUAAAGCAGUUUGCCUGUCCAACAGAAAGGUUACAGGGUUCAUAAGAUCCCGAAGCAUCCCCCAUCAUUAUUGACCCGUUUUUUUAGCUCUUGUCCGGGUGGUCUACCUCCAUUUUAAGCGUGCGUUGUUCCACCAGAGUCUCGGGUAUUUACUUCAUUUUCUUGCUUGUGUUGGCAGUCGUGGCCAAAGUAGUACUCAGACAAUUUUCUGUACUUUCUGGUUGCUUUCUACUGUCUGAUAUCGUAGCAUGAUAACUAUGUUUGGGCACGUGAAUGUUAUUGGAGGACGUGGAGCGUGCCUCACAAUAUUACGGAGCAGCAUCUGCCUCACAACCAAUCAGCUCUAAGGAGAAGCUGACACACAACCAAUCAGGUCGGGGAGGUGGAGAAUGGGUUUGUUUAUAGUCAGAAUGAGCAGACCGCUUAAAAAGGUUAAAAUGUUACUACACAGGCAUAUAAACAACAUGGCAAUAUCGUAAUAUUACCAAAUGUCAUCGAUAACUAAUAGCUAUUGACUGAUAUCAAAAGCUUUGUUGCUACAUACACCACAAAAAAAGUGCUUCUUUAAUGGAUUCCUGCCUACCCCACCUUUAAGAUUAUGAUCGUAUGUUGCCUCAGUAAAGAAAAAACAAUAUUCCUGAACAUCCUCAUGUUCAUAUCUACAGUCUCUUCUUCUGGCUCACAGCCUAUAGCGUAUGUUAUAUAAUAUUUUAGCCUUUACUCUCAACCCCGUUAAUCAGUGCAUGCCGAGUUAGCACCAGCUUAUCAACAUAGCAUCUUCUCAUCAUAGAUUUAUAGACAACCAUGAUUGCUGCCAGGGUGAAAUUAACCCUUUAAAUCUGCAGGGAGAACUGUUUGAACAUGCCUGAGUGAAACACACUCCUUUUAACACACACAAACACACACACAGACACUCGUAUGUAUAUGCAGAUGAGACUUGUCUGUUCCUUCUGGCUGUCUCUGUACAGCUGUCACACAUGCUGUGUCUUGAAGCACCAGGAGACCGGGGGUUGACUUGAAUUAAACUGAGAGGAUGUCCUUUCCAGAUCUGUGGAGGGCUACAGAGACACAUCCGGCCCCCCAGAGAGAGCCAGUCAAAAAGACAGAGGAAGAGAAAGAGAAAGAUGAAUAGUGGAAGAGAUGAUAAAGAGGGCUGGUAGGAGAUGGUCUGAAGAGGGGGAGGAAGUUAAUAAGAAAGAGGCAGGGUAAAAUUGUCUUGUUAGGGAGAGGAAUGGAAGACGGGGUGGAGAAAGAGGAGGGCACUAGAAUCAGAAGGCAAGGAAGAUAAAAAUGUAUUUGAGUGUGUGUUUUUGAUACAGCAAAAGGGCCCAGAUAACAGAGAAAGCUCAAAGAAGCAAGCCUCCAGCAGACACCUAAUUCCACUUUUUUUCCUGUGCCUUGACUAAGUGUUUAUUUUGUUCUAUUUUUCUCUAAAUAUAAAUUGUAGUGCAUGUCAGAGGCAAAACCAAAUAUCAACUAAAACCCUCAAACUGAAGCUCUAACAAACUAUGAAGGUUUCAAAUUUGGAUUGAUAUAUUUUGGUCCAGGUCUCAAAAGAUACCUGCAAUCACAGGCUGUGACAAUGUAAAACAACUGACAGAAUUGAUUUUUAUGGUAGCACACAUCCUGCAUUUCGAAUGCAUCAAAAUUCAAAAGAUCACCAAACACUCACUUUUUAUACAUCCCAGUGAUACGCCUGGGUUUUCUUUUUCAGAAUAUUACACAUCUGAUGCACAUCGAUAUCUAAAUUACCUUCUUAGGUACCUAUACAACCAUCAUGGCUCAGAAAUGUCUAAUCUAGGCUUCCCGUGUACAUAAAGUAAUGCUGUUCAUCCAAACUAUCUAACUACUGAAGCCAUUAAAUCUCUAAUAUUGAGACAAGUAUUGUCAGAGCGGGUGUUAAUCAAGAGCUUGUGUUAAUUCUCUUGUGAUUGCCAUUAUUAGCUCAUUAGGACACAGCUCCUAGUGAGAAGUUAGUUAUGAAAAUUAUGUUCCCAACAGGACAGCCCUGAUGCAAAGCAGAGAGGUCUUGAUUCAUCCUUUAUUCUCCCUGAAUGUCCUAAGGUGUCCUAACUCCUAACUUAUUCUUUUUACUUGGUAUGCAUGUUUGAAUUUCUUGCAUUUGUAAAAUUGAUAAAGGUUGUCAUUUAGGAGAGUGGCAAAGCUUGCUGUGUGUCAAAUGUGCAUAUAGUGUAGUCAGGUGUAGUCAAGUUUAGGCGUGGUCAGGUUUAUGUAAUAUUUACUCCAGAGGUAUUAAAGAGGGUUAGUGACUAAAGUUCGUUUAUUUAAGCAGUGUGAAAAGCUUUGUAUGAUUUUUGUGAAUUGGUUGCACCUUAGUUUUAUGGUUUCUCAUAGAAAGUAAUUCCAGUAUAAAUGAAAUUGGCUCCGUCACAAACUAUCAUCAAGUGUGAAAUUAAAGGCUAAAUUAAAUAAUAUUGACUGUAAUAAUAUUUACUGUAAUUAGUGAGACAGUUUAAUCGAAUCUGUUUGCACUGGGUUGUGGUGUUAUAAAGGAGUGCGUGUCAACCUUGAGGGCCUAUUGUGGUGUAACUGUCAUUGCUGUUUGACACUCAUUUAUUUGAUCCCAGUGCCUAUGUUGUGUAGAUAAUAAGGGAACUUGCACCCAUGUUAGCACCCAUGGGUCUCAUGUAAUGAGAUGCAGUCAGGUGCGAAGGUUGCAAUUUUACAGUCUCAAGGGAAGCAGAAAGUAUCUACACCUUAGACCAGGCAUCUCCAAACUGUUUCAAAAAGGGCCGGUGUGGCUGCAAGCAGCACACCAGACUUGAUUCAUUUCAUUAGCUGAUCUCAGUCUUCAGACAGCUGAUUGGUCAGACUGCAUGCUCUUGAUUGGUUGGAGCCACAUGGCCUUUUGUGGAAUAGUUUGGAGAUGCCUGCUUUAGACCAACAAAAUCCUGGUCCAAAGCCAGUAUAUAGUUUCCUAAUAUAUAGAGAGUGCUUUAGUGAUCACAGUAAGGCAUAAGCGUUCCCAAGUACUUUUCACAUAUAGUGACUUUCAGCUGUGCUCCAACUUUCAUUAACAUCUGUGAUUUUGCUGAUGCAGUGAAACUAAGGUUGUUGUUCAUUUAUUAAAAUAGGGUUAGGGUUCGUCUCCCCACACACCUGGUUAACCUCAGCCCUAAGCAGCUCUAACACUACACCCUGAUAUGUCAUGAAGUCAUCAAGUGUGCUCCUUUAAGUGCAUGCAGGAACAUACCUGCACACAUGCUAGCACACACCUGGGGGAACACUAUUUGUAAGUCUCAAACAUAACUCUCAGUGCCACUGACCAUGGUGUUCCCAGGUAUUUAUAAUGACUGGACAGUAUCUGUUAGGCUUGCUGUACAAAAUACAGCCAUGUAAUCCAGCAGCUAAAAUAACAGCUGUCACUUUUGUGAUGUCAAGUUCAAGGGACAGUUAUUAUGAACAGAUCCUGUCCACUGCUGUGAGUGAAUCAGCGAAUAGUUUUAGUGGAUAUGACAUAAAUCCAGACAGUUAAAACGCCCACAGUGACCUGUGUGUUUCAUGUGAUUUCAAGGGUAUAAUUGUUGGGUAGAAAAGAAACAAGCCUGCUUGAGCCUUGUUAAAUCCACUGUGUCAAUGGCAUCAUGCCUGUCAGCUGGUGUGCCUAUCUCUUAAAGGGAAUGAGAAUCAAACAUGAGGAUUUGAUUCAUGUUAUGCCAAAAAUUCACAUUCAUCAAUGGAUUUGAUCAAACAAGUGAUCACAUAUGCCCGUAUUCACUUUGCACCAUGUGCUUACACCAUGUUUUUAAACAUAAUUUAAAUCAGACAUUAUGUGUUAUCUAAACACAUUAGUAGGCACACUGCCUGGUGUAAGUCGUAAGUCCUGACCUGAAUGUCAUAGAUUUACAUGAUUUUUGCGGCCAAAUUUGACAAGUAAGCAAAAUAAAAGAAACCAUUUGCAAAGUCUUACUUGUUAAAAAUUAGAUUUCUCCUGUUGAAACGCAAAAAAAAUAAUAAAAAAAAAAGGUACAAACAAGAUCUACUUUACUCAAUUGUUUUUCUUGUAAUGGUUUUAUUUUUAUCUCAAAGACAUUUUCACACUAAAGCAGCAAAGAAAAAAGAGAUUGAUAUUGAAUAAUAUCACAGAUAAUCAGUCUGGUUUAGGUAAACACAGCACUGCACACAUUCUUGCAUAUUGAAAGUAUUGCAGCAUAUAAAACCACAUCUCAUCUGCUCUUUCAAAAAGGCAGUUUUAAAAGAUACUGCCUAAUAGUUCUUUUAAUUCUUAAUGAAUGGCAGCUUUUCAGAAUGAACCCAUAUUGCAAUAGAUUUGUAGUUGAAAUAGAAACAUCAUGCCUGUAAUAUCAUUUUUGUCAGAAGUUAACUGCAACUCAGCAACCAUAUAGUUAGGAGAGAAAUUACGAAAUUACUGUACGAUGUAUUAAAAAAUAAAACUGUGGUUGCUGUGUUAAUCUGUAAUCACAGCUGCAGCAUUCAGAGUUAUAUCCUGAACAGUACAUCACUGUCUUAAAAAAACAAAGCAUAACAGUGCAAUCUAAGUUUGGAAAAGGCUACUGUAAUGCAUUUCCUAGGGCUGGUACAGAAGAGGCUGUUUUUUUUUUACCACAACCCCAAGGUAUUUUUAUUAGCCAUAAAUUAAUUUGCUGUACUUUCCUUGAGUUCUGCAUCUCUCCCUUGCUCUCAGUGAUAAACACACUUAAAACUUACAGUUUUGUAGAACAAGAAAUUGGAAUAUGAAUUAUUUAAGUGAGAAAGCGCCUCCCCAAAAAACCCAUUGUAUUUUUUCCUAGUAUCUGAAACAGGGCACUCUUUAAAAUUCCUGCUUUGGGUUUUGUCAGGGUUAGUUUGUUUCACACACUCUUUGUUCUGUAAUAAAACAAACCUGCUAUGCAGAAAAUCUACAAACUGUAUAUUCUCUGUUCAAUGUUAGGCCAUUAGCUGAUGAAUCAUUGGCACUGAUGAUGAAAUUUCAAGCAUGAUGCAUAAUCACUGUACAUGAUUGCUUACACUUAAGGGAAAUAAGAUAACACACAUUUAGUGGUCUGGAAAGCAUUAAAAGCACCAUUAUAUACUCAGUCUGCUGCUGCACUUUAAUUAAUCAUUUUCCACAGGCAGUUUUUAGAAGAAUUAAUACUUGUAAACCAUGCAAGCUUGUGAUACCUGAAAGAUGGUGAAAAGAAGUCUCUAAGGUAUGCCUUGGAAAUGAGAUUUUGUGCUUUCUUAUACACUCUUUCUUCCAAAGAUUUUUCUUUUCACUGUGUAUGAAUGAGGGCAGACCUACGAAUCAAACUUAGACUGAAUCCUAGUUUGAAAUUCUUAAGAAAUCCAAGACUUCUUUGAAAUACGCGGGCCCAGAUAAUGAGUUCAAAAAUAUACAACGCUUGUUUGAACACUCCAUAUGACUGUAAGAGCUGUUUCAAGUGCUGCAGGCAGCAGCUGUCAGUGGGGUUGCCAAAUGUCAAACACAUUUUUGCAGGGAUUUAGAUUUCUCAGACAUGGAUAAUGUUAUAUUGUGAGGAGAAGCGAAAAAAAAUGAUGCAAGUUUUUGCAAUCUCAUUGUUAUAAUGAGAAAUGUCUCUCAACAUUUCUCUCUUAAACAUUAAAUUAUUUAGUGCACAGACCUGAUUUUGGAGUGGAAACUACUCACGGAAGAGUUGUUUGGUGCAGUUACAGAAUCAAAUACAAAACAGAAUGUCAAAUCAUGCUGAGAAACAAGUCUCUUUAACACGCAAGAGGCUCAAAUGAACACAGCAGAUCAUCUAAAGUUCAGCAUUUGAACACGUCCAUUUCUCCAACACCAACGUGACCCACAUGAGUGUUUCGGUCUCCCAGACUUCUUUUUGAUUUAUCCUGGAGCCAGCUGGCUUCAGCCCUGUAUGGUGCCUGCACCUGUGAGCUCCUGCAAGAUUAGAUAACUAGGACUGCUUUAAGACUCGGCCAGGUUCUGGAAAAUUGUAAAAGUUGGUGUUCAGAUGUCUGAUAACACCCCACAAACAUAAAACAGCAUGCAGCCAUUUCGCAUACACGUACACACACAAAAAGCACAAAUAUGAACGCAUCCACUUGCACACAUAUAGAAUACAGGGAGAUCCUGAAGGCUUUUUGAGAGCUUAAAUCACCCUGAAGCCCAUCAGACCACAUCAGUGUGUUAGCGUGUGUGAGUGUGUGUCAUGGACAGCCCAAGGCCAGGCCAACCAGCAUUAGUUAGCAGGACAGCAGACUCAAGUGAAGCACAACCAUGACGAUUUGAACCAUCUCCUAUGGGAGGCAAAGAGGAUUCACCAACGCUGUCUAACCCUGCGAUUGUCCAGCCACAACAAACCCCCGUGGGGCCAUCAUUGCUUUUUUCUAACCCCACAUAAAGGCACAACGUAUGACAUGUAGUGUUUAGGAUUAAAUGCAUGGAUGAAACAGUCUUUUAAAAGGACUUUUGUCUUUUUAAAAUGGGGUUUAUGAUUUUCAUUUUAAAGGGAUAAUCCGGCAUAAAAUUAAGUUAGAGUCAAACACAUCGUAACACUGAGUUAGACACCCCCUUGAGAGACAAAUGUUGCCGACCGCUUGCUUCUCUAGUUAUACCAACUUUAGUUACGACCACACAAUGGCAAUACACAGUGGUCUACGUCUCCACGCACAUACCUCAACCAACAAGCCACUCUGUAGCCAUAAAUAAUGCUCAGAACAGCACCUAACUUCAUCAACAGUACAUAUAGGGUCCAAACCACAGCACUAGCCACCAAACAUCUUUUUAGCUUUGCCUAAUUUCUUUAGCAAAGAGACUAAACACAACUCACCUACUCUCUUCCAGCAGCCGCUUGUUUGUAGAAAGACCUCGGACAAGUCCAUCAUCAAGUGCAGCAGGGUGAAGCAACUCGAGGAAGAACAUUUAUGAUCAUUCAUCCAUGGAAAUGCAAUCAGACCGAGACGCUAAGGCAGAUGAACUACCGUGUUUGCACUGCAAAAUGAUUAAUAUGGUGAUUAUUACUUCAAGGAAAUGAUUAAGUAUUGCUAUUGUGCGGUCGUUACUAAAGUUGGUAUAACUAGAGAAGCAAGCUGUCGGCAACGUUAAUCUCUCGAGGGGGUGUCUAACUCUGUGUUACAGUGUGUUUGACCUUAAAUUAAUUUUACGCCGGAAUAUCCCUUUAAUAGCUAUUGGAUCAACCACAAUGAAUCUCAGUCAGCUCUGUCCUUUAGCUCAGAGACUGCAGAAAGUUUUUUUCUUUUUCCUUUGGCAGGAAGAGUCAGGUCUGCCAUAUAAUUCAACUAAGUUUGAGACUUUGACCCAAGCACUCAUCUCAGUUUACGUGUAUGCACUUUCAAGUUAUUUUUCAGCACUUAAUUGUCAGAAAGCUGAUUCAGUAGUUACACCAUUUGGUGAUGCAACACACGUACAUGCUCUUCUGCCUGCCAUGCUAUUUAGGUCUAGGAUGUGAAAGCCACUGAGUUAUGACUAAAACUAAAAGACAUUUUAGGCUAAAGACUUUAACUAAAACUAAAUUAAAAACUACUUCCAAAAUUAACAUGUUCAUAAAUUCUGUGCAUCAAAACCACUCUCUUCUUUUUUUGUCUCUUAAUCAGUGCGUAUAAGACACACACAUUACAAAUAAAAAUGCACAUGGAUGUUACAAGUUUGUGCAGAUGUAAAAACAAGUCGAUGCAAGAUAGUAGCCCCUGCAGAAAGGUACUCACCCCCUGUAGAGGUACAAAAGACUCUUACUGAACUAACAACUCAAAAUGGUUGGUAUAUUCAGGCAAUUGUGCACUUAUUUAAGAAUAAUUGUGCAUAUUAUUUCCUAUUCUAUCAAGUGUGUUAUUUAAAAUGUCAACACACUCUACCUUUAAUGCAUUUUCAGUUGUGCCAGGGGAAAUCUAAGUGUGAAAAACACCAAAGCUUAGGGGAAUUUGGAGAAACACAGUCGACAGAUGAUGAGGUGUUUAACUGUGAAACAACUCAUCCAAAUUACUAUGCAGUUGAGCUAUUUCAUAUAGAGCUGCAUUGUUCAAAACAGUCUGCCAGUCUUGUUCAGAAAUGUACUUUUGUAGCGUAUCAGGACCAAACACACGGGCAUGGCCAGGAAAGCAGCAAAAGAAAAAAUAAGACGCACACAAAAAAUCAAACAAAAUAAACCAGACAGCAGUAGUUUGUAUUUCAGUGUAAUACAAAAUGACUCAAACUGUUUGUGCUAUUUUCUCAAAAGUUUGAUUUGAGUGAGGGAAGAGAAAAUAGCUUUGGCUGAAACUGCACAAAUCCUGUGGCCAAUUUUACAUAGAGAUUUCACAAUUGACUGCAGUGCUAGAAAGAUUUAAAUUCAAAUUUGAGUCAGAAAAAAAGAUCACAAAAAUAAAAAGUGACCUGACUCAAGUGUGAGAAAGCUGUCAUCUCUGCUCUGAACUGCAGCGAUGUGAUCAAAUGAUGAAUUUUGUUAUAUUCUUUCUCACUGUGAUGAAUUCCAAUCGUGAGAUUUCUUUCUGGAUUGCAAAUGAAUAGUGUUUUCUGCAGGAAUGCAUUGAUGGCUCAAGUGAAGAUAACACUACUCUAUCAUUUCUUGUACAGACAACAUGAAAGAACACUGACUUUUAAAGACCUGACAGCUGUUGGCAGUAUGUGUGGUACUAAAUAACAGCGACAUGGUGAAAUAUGUAAGAGCAACAGGAUUUAUUACAGGCAAUCAUGUCGCCCACCCCUUAUUGUUCCCUGGAGAAUAAGUAACACACUGCUUUGGUCCGUGGCGCUGGUGUCCCUUGGCUAAGAACAAUUAGUGUCAUUUGAAUUUUUUCUAUAACCAACCUCUAAGAUGCAUUACAACCAUCCACCUCUGUCAAAUACAUAUUUUAAUUUCUGCAGAUUGUGUGUGGAUGUGCAAGCAUGGAAACAGUUGAAAGAAAAAACUAAUAAAUGAAAUAAUAUUUGCUUUGACUUAAUCACAGAACACAAACCAAGCAGAGAGGGUGAUAGGAACGGUGAUAUUCAAUUGAUUUUGGCUCACCAAGCGUUACAAGUCACUCUGAUACAAACGCAGUUUAAAGAAGCAGGUCGAGACUGCUUAUGUAGGAAGAUAGUCUGAGUGCAGGGAUGGGUUUCAAGCACUGCUUUUACUCAGAGCUGUAUAAAAUCAUCAAGUCAGUCUGGAUUCGACCAGGCUGAUCGAUAGCGAGCUGGUGAAAGUCUACUAGAAGGCUCAACUAGAGGUCAUACCAUACAGUAAUGGCACCUGCAUAUGUUUCAAGUCUCUAAGACGUUUGGCCCCAGAAAGUCAAGGAGAGCAAAAUUCUACUGAUAAUUGUUAAAUGUUAUGAAAACAAUUUUACUUCUCUUUCCAAAGUGAUAAAUAUCACAUUUUUGUGGCAAUAUAAGCAAAAAAAAAACAGUCUGAUUACUUCUUUAGAAACUGAUUAAGGAUGUAAUCAUCCACUGUGAGACACAAGCAUGAUAGAGAUAAUUUCAAACGCUGCCACGGCGAUAAGGGGAUCAAAUGAAGGCUUGUUUCAUGUAGAUGAAUGAAUUUGUUAAUCUACUGACCUUUCCCAUGCUGAAUGUUUAUACUCCAUACAAAUAUCCUUGUGUUACAUAAAAGGUCAACAAGCCAAAGGGGUCAGUCAAACUUCAGGGAUACACUCAUCAAACUCUUGAUGAUGAGUAACCUCUAUGAGGUUGUGAUGGCCUAUUAGUUACCAACCGAGAAAAAUACUAAAUCUACAUUUCCUUUCAGAGCAUAUGAUGAAUGUUUUAUGACUGAACAAGAUUUCAUUGGAUUGAAAAUAUGAUAAUUAUGGUAAUCUGUUGACUGCAGGCGAAUAGAGAUGUUAUUCAAAUGAAAUUUGCAUGCAUUGGCAUCUGAUGCCAAGUACUGAAAGCUAUUGACCGCAAAACAGAAUUAACAUCAUUGUGCUUUAACAUAAGAAGCAGUUAUGAGGACUCACUGUGAAGUGGUUAGGGUCUUUAAACUGAAGGGGAAAGAGCUUCAUGUCUGUGCGAUCAGCAGACAAUGAUCAUGGUACAAAGGCACAGGCUCGGGCGGCUGUGGCUCAGUGUUAGACUCGCUGAUCUCCCAAUGGGAAGGUCAGGGAUUCAAUUGCAGGGCUGUCCAUACGCCAAAUAUCAAUAUCAAGACACUGGACCUCACCUGCUCCAUGUAAUGUAAAAGCACUUUGAGUGGUCAGAAGACUACAGAAACUGCGAUAUAAACAGAGUCCAUUUACCACAGAAAAUAAUAGUGUUUCAUGCAGCCCUGAUCAAAGUGGUCGCCAGUCCCCACCAUAUCCUCCCUCUAACUGUCCAAUCCUCGCUUCCUGUGGACUUUAUAGCUGGAUGGCUUAAUUGGAGCCAUUUCCACAUGUAAUGUGGGAGCCCCGAGGGGGCUCAUUAAAGAAACUGGGCCGAUCCACCUCGACUAUUCUUCAGCCACCCCCUCAUUGAGGUCCUAUGGCUCCAUCCAAUGACAGAUACAGGAGGGUUUCCUUCAGCUUACGGGCUAUUGAUCGCCAUUAGACUGGAGGAAAGUCAUGCUGGCUUUUUGUUACUAUGGUCACAGAAGGAGCACAAAUGACUCACCUUUGCAGUAAAAUCAGAGGAAAUAGAAAUAAACAUAUUAAACAUCAUUUAUGUAAAUACUGUGGUCAUUUGCAAAAGCUUUUUCUAUCAAAUAUUGUUUAUUGGCAGGAUUUUUUUAACUAUUCAGAAUUAUUUGCUUUUUUGCCAUGAGUUAGAUGAGAAAAUUGACUUCAUCCCUCCAUGUCCAUCUGGUCAAUAUUUCUACUGCCAGCAGCCAAUUAGUUGAACAAGUAACCCUAAGCCCCUUUAUUUGUCACUCUCUGCUUUUCUCCUUUUAAAUCAUAAGCUUUCUAAAUGUUGUACAAGAAUUUCAAGUAGCAUUGGUACCGAGAGGGAGGAGUGACUCAUUGCAAGAAUAAGUUACUUCCUGUAGUUUCAGCUGGGGUUCAAUGCUUAAUCUUCACCAUACAGAAAUUAUGAUUGUUCUUUUAAUCAAAUCUGGUAAUAAGAAUAAGCAUAUUUCCCAACAUGAAUUGUAUACUGAUUUGCAAGCGUGUGCAUGCUGCAAUUAGCAUAUAACCAGGUAAUUUCUUACUCCGCCCUCUCUAUUAGUCAAGAAGAGGUCUUGUUUAUAUAAUGAAGGGUAUUAAAUAACAUUUUAGAAAUGUCACUGAUGCAGGCUAAUUUGAGUCACACCCCUCACUCAUUAUUAUGAUAGUGAAACUGUACUACGGUAUUUUUUCCAGAUGCUUGCACAGCAUCCACGAAGCCUUCAAAUGGCCUAUGGAUGUGGCCACAGUUUUGCCUGCAAAGACAUGCUGUCAGUCACCACUGUGCUCUUUAUCUCAGCAAAGUCAUUUCUCCGUUGAGUCAGUGACACCUCUGUAAUGUGGCAUCAGCAGACACACAAUCGCUGUGUCAACAUUGUUGGUGUCAUCUUUUUUUUUUGCCUCAAGGUGCUCUUUGAAUGUUACUGUGAAUAGCAGCGUACAAGCAGAGAAGGACGGAUAAAAUUAGUAAGGGAUGAGAAAUAAUAAUUAAGACUACAUUAUGAAUGUCAAAGGUGCUUUGAAACAAGAAGAAACAUAGCUAACAUGCUACUCAGACCUGCGUUAAACAUCAUUACUUUACAUCUUACUAAGGUCCUGGUGCAUGUGUCAAACUGAUUUUGAUAUGGUGUAAACAAUUUGUUAUUAUGGUGUUAAAGGAAAAUUAAAAAUGGUGCCAAAGUAAACAGGCAUACUCAAAUGAAGUACUUGGUUACUUGCAGGACACAGAUGCUGGACACAAGCAAAACAAUAUGUUUUGAUUUAUUUUUAGUAUUUGGACUGUAGUUCUAAAUGUAUUAAACAUGAGUGUGAGUACAUCAUCUUGACAAAUAUGCUGAAACUGUGAAAUUGUGUUGAUGGGACACACCACAGCACUAGCAAAUGGAUGACUUACACAUGUAAUAAGCAUGGGAAACAAUAAUAAUGAUGAUGUAUCUUUCCACUAAUUACCAAUGCUAUUAAAUGAGUCUUCUCUGCAAAUUAGCUGUCUCCUAGGGGGCAUGUUUUACUGGCAGGUUCAAUGCUAAUGACAGCUUGUCAUAGAGGGACUUGGUAUAUAUACCAACACUCUGACUAAUUGUAUAAUUAAGAAAGCACCAGAGUUGGACUUGGAUAAACACAUGUGUCUGUUCGAGAUCAUUAUUGUUAUGUGUCAAGUUCAAGCGCAGACAUAUCCUUAGUCUUGGGAAAGGAUAUGUUGAGUAUGCAUGCUAUCAUCAGACACACCAGAUUUGAAUUCCGACAUGCAACUGUGAGACCCUUUAACACACUGAGCUCAGCACCAGUCUUGACUUGGAAAUCUCAGUUGAUCAUUAGCAGAUGUGUAUCAGGGCAGGUUUUCUUUGUUUCCUUUUCAUUUCUUUAACUGUGAUUUGAUUUAUUCUGGUUUCUUCAGAUGACAGAGGGAUCGGCUCCAUUGUCUAACCAAAGAUUCUUGUGAGGCAUGUUUUUUUUAAAAUGUCUCUUGGUUCUCCUUAUUUACAUCAGUUAUUUCCUUGUCCAAACAAAACUCUCGGCUACACUGUCACUGUAUUGGAUCAAAUCCCCCAGGUUCAAUUAGUGAUGAUUGGAAUCAUAAUUAUAUAUAUUUUCCCUCCACAAGAGCGUAUAAUUGGGGGGACUUAGACACAGGGGAAUCUUUCAGUGGAGAUAUCCAUGGUCCAACACUCAUUAAGAAACUCAGCAGAGCUCGCGCGUUGAAGUCUGAGGGAGAUAGUCCAGGGGAGUGUCGAACACCUAAACUCUCUCUCAGGAAGCAGGCUUUAAUUAGCUAAUGAAUCUUGGAGCUCUCUCUGCUGACCUUUGGCCUUAUGUUGAGGAAUAAUAGGCCUGUUCACAGAGCAGUCAUGUCACAUGCAGUCGAAAUCAAUGUCUACCAUAGCUAAAGAUUUUAAUGAGAUAAACACUGCUUCCCCUUUUACUGCUGGAAACUGUGAAGGUUCGCAUUUAUAAAUCAAACCUGGAAACUGUCUGAAGGUUGUAACCUAUAGAUUUUUCUCAUGGUCAACAAAGGCCUGUACUUCAUUAUUGAUAUUGAAUAUUAUGUUGUUUGCACACAAAGGAUUUUAUAAAUAACAUCUUGUGGGGUGUGACCAAACUACAACAAAGGCAAAACAAUAAAUUAAAUAUUAAUUUCUCUAUCUCUGCUGAGUGAUUUACUUAGAAUUAAAGGUGUUUUGAAGACCAGGUAGUAUAUCCUGUUUAGAUGUAGAUUCAAAAGAGUACAAGCCAAGCUGAUGAAAUGACAAACAGUUGUGUAGACACUUAAUUCACUUAAAGAAAACAUUAGUUAAUUAGAUAGCUAAAGAUAUGUAGAUAUAAAUCAUUUAUAUCUGCUGUAGAUAUGAAGGAUGUGAUACAGUUUCGUAAGUGUGCGUGUGUGUGUGUGUUAGUGGGUGGGUGGGGACAGGACGGCUCUUCAUGGUCUUUGUUUAGGGCACCGUGUUGUGUACACCUGUAAUAAUAAAAAAAAAUGUUUAAGAGUCUGAUCUAGUAUGGUGUCUUUAAUACUGAAUAAGAAUAUGAUUCAAACAAACAAAGAUCAAAAUAAUGCAUAUAUUGAUUUCUGGUAGUUUUCACUUCCCCCUUGCUGUUGGUUCUUAUCGCCUGUUUGCCAUCUUGUUGUCUUAAAGGCUCUUUCUCUGUCCUUAGAGGGUUAUAAAUCUAGGUUUUAGGUUCUUAAGUGUCAGAGUAUCCCACUGUCUGACAGUUGUCUGAGCAGAUAGAGAGUCAUGUUGUUGUAGCACAAAGUCAGUGGGUUGCGAUGAAUUGUUUCCCCCUGUAGUGUUGGACCUAUAUGAGUUCUUUCUUCACUGUUGUUAACUCUGUUUUAGAGUUACAUGUUUGUGUGAGUCCACAAAAAAAGAAUCUAAAUGUCUGUGAUAAUUAUAUUUCUUCAUUAAUAAUGGCUUUUUGCUGACUUGAAAUCAGGAGUAGAUUUUUGCUGCGACUAUGAGACAGUUCAUCUAUUGCUCCCAUGUCUGCACACUGUCUCCCUAAAAUGACAUUUCCCUUGACUUCAUUUUGAUCAGAGCUGACCCGACACGGCAGGUCCAUGUCUCAGUGGCAGCCCCCACAACCCUGACAGAGUUCUGUCAGUCUGUUCAGUCAGCUGUGAGAGACUGCACGGUGCUCCUUGGUCCAGCAUUGGAAAUGUGCCCUGGGUGAGCUGGACUAUAAAUUAGUCUGAAUAAGUUAAGGGUUGGGCUGAGCUUGGCUAUCCCCUGUAGAUAUCAGCAAAGAAGAACCUGCCUGAAGGUUGGUGCUCUUAAAUCUUUUAUCAUUGCUGAGGCAGCCUGAUCCUGGCACAGACUGGGGCCAUCAAUCAGGGCCAAUGCUCAUAGCUAAUGGGUUAUUCAAGUUUUCCUGAAAAUUAAACAGCCAUCCGCAUGUAAAUCAAGCAUGAGGAACAGCACUUGCUGUUAUACCCUCUUGGCAAUUUUUUGUUCAAAUGGCACAUACAGUGGUUUUUAGCCUUUCUGCAACAUGCAAAAUAGUCAAAUCAGGCAUAUUAAAGCUGAUGUGUUUUUUUAAUGUGUCUAUAAAUUACACAUUAGGCACUCUGUGAUUAAUAAUUGCUCAACAGUUAAUCCAGUUAUCAGUCCAGUUAACAUGAUUUAAGAUACAACUUCCAACAUGAUAUGAUCGUAAACAACAUAACUGUCUCCCCUCUCAGAGGCAAUCUCAGUAUUCAUACGGUUGCUGUUUUGCCUUGCUGCAUUGCUAUUAUUAGCCCGACUCUUUGCAGGCACAUGUUUCAUGAGGAGAGAGGAUCAAAUUUUGAAGAGACUUGCCCCAUGGCAGGUGUGAAUUGGAUUGAUGGAGCCAAAGAAAUGGCAGAAAGGAUGACCUUUUAUUCAAUUCCAACUGAGAAUCUGAAUGGCAGAGAGCAAGGAAACCUGAAAUGUUUGCUGGUUUGGAUAAUUUAAAUAAGGGAAAUAUCAGUAACACUUUACAAUAACCAUAAUUUAUUAAUAGUAAAUAGAUAGUUUAUUAAUGUUUAAUCAUCAUCUAAAAACAGCAUAUAGACCAAUUAUGAAUGGCAAACAGUUUAUGAAUGUAAGUUAAUAGUUACUUUACCAUUAACAAGCACUGAAAUUAUGAUUAAUAAUUUUCAUUAAUUAUCAAUGGACUAUUUAUUAAGGGUUUAUAUAGGUUUAAAUAUUGGUUGUAAAACAUCUAGAUUAAGCACUUUGUGAAUGUUUAACAUUUGGUUUAUAAACCACCUAUAAACAUUACUUAGAUGGUUAUUGUAAAGUUAGGGUUUUUAAAAUUGUACAAUGUACAAUUUAUUAAUGGUCUAUAUGCUAUUUAUAAAUGAUGAUUAAACAUUAAUAAACUAUCUGAUUACCAUUUAUAAAUGGUAUAUUUACCAUAAGGUUAUUGUAAAGUAUGACCAAAAUAUCUCCCAUAAACCCAAGCAACACAGAGUAUCAUUUGUUUUGCUUAUGUUUUGUUUUGGGAAUUAAAGCACCAUCCUUUGCAUUUUUACAAUCAUUGCAACUCUGCUCGAUAUUUCAAAUUAGGAAUGUGCAGUAUGUCUCUGUUACCAUCUUCUUUACACAAAUGAGUAUAAUUGCAGUAAGGAAAACACAGUCCAAAAGAUUCACACUGCUUCAGCGCACAUCUGUCUUCAAAACAGAUUGUUCACAUCUCCACAAAAACAGCCUGUAGUGUUUUUUUUUUCAUCCUAUUUCCAGUUUUUUUUUCACAGUUUGUCUCCAUGUGGAAUGAUAAAUUAAUAAAUAGAGCUUCUGAAUAAGGUUGUUUUUAACACAUGACAGAGAGUAUGCAUGAACACAUGAAAUCUGAAGGUCAUUCAGGCAAAAGGACCUUGAGUAUGAAAUCACUGAUGCAGAUCACGCGUAGACGUUUGUGAUCCGUCCUUUUUUUUAUCUUCUACCAUAAAAAAUGUGUAAAUAUUUUACACUGUUGGCUGUCAGUUUGCAUGGAAAUAUAUUAGUGUCACCGUUUCGAUGCUUUUAUUGUGACAGCAAACCUAUAUAAGAAGCAAAUGUGCCAGAGAAAGCCUAGACAGAUCACCUGGUCUUGGCUUACUCUACUUCAGAAGCAAUUAAGCCUGUUUGAAUCAAUGCUCUAACAUUCCAAAUUCACUUUUAAUAACACCUCCAGGCGAAGCUGUUUUUGGGGCAGUGACAGAAACAUCGAUAAUGAUCCAUUGCCCCACAUCUUGGAGGAAUCCUCACAUAUCUGAAAACAGUUCAGAGCCUCACCAAGUUAGUCAGAGAUCAUGAAUUUAUAAACUGAAGGAGACGAUUGGACAUACCAGCGCACUGUAUCUCCAGGGACCCUCCUCUCCCUGUCAACUGGAGAACACAUCAAAAUGUUGCCGCAAAGCUGGCGAGGAAAAGAUUAUGUUAUUAUUGGUCCCCGGGAAAUAGGAGAUGGCCGAGGGAGCUCAGAAGUCAGAGGCAGACUCGAUUACCAACUUGGAAUCGUGCCCCUGCUUCGUCUUUGUGGACUCAGCUUUGUAAAUCUAGAGGAGGAGAGGAGAGACAGGGAGAAUGUGUGAGCCUGCAGUGCUGACCUGAUGACUCUGAUGUACACGUCACUGUGAGCAACUGUGUAGUAAAUAAUCAGGGUUUACCAUUUAGCACCUGUCAAAGUAUUUCUAUCACCGAAACAAGUAGUACAGGGUUGUAUUGGAUCAUGUGCCAAUAUGCACUUUAACACUUGCGACAAAUUAGAUAGAUAGAUAGAUAGAUAGAUAGAUAGAUAGAUAGAUAGAUAGAUAGAUAGAUAGAUAGAUAGAUAGAUAGAUAAAUCCAUUAUUAGAUAAAUAAAAUAAAUAAAGGUAUUUUUGAUGCCUUUACAGUUGCUCCAGAAAAACAAAGUUAGUUCUAUUUUACCACACAUAAUAUAUGUAUAUUUAAAAAAUUGGCACCAUCUUUAGGGUGUGGGAUAUGGAAUAAAUCCAUCUUUCUUGGAACUUGGAGUCUUUUUUGCCAGACGCCUGACAAAUCCUCUGGAGGAUUAAGGAAAGCUAGGAAACUUAGUAUAAAACAAAAUAAACAAACAAAUAAGAAACACUCAUAAAUAAGGCCACAUUCAAGGCAAGGUUCCUUUCUCCAUGCAGCCUGGGUGCUAAAUAUACAACAAGGCAAUAUACCUAACCAAUGAAAACUAACUUUAUUAUUCAUAUCUAAAAAUAUACAACACUGAAUUUUUGCAUGUCAUUACAAUCAAGUCACAGUAUAAUAUAAUAUUUUCACAGAAAACUUUAAGGGGGGUCCUGGUGUAAGUUCAACAUUCUGUAGGAUAAUUUUCACACAUGCUUUGUUACAGUAAUUCUUCGUUAAUCGGCGGCAGGUGUUCUCUUCACAGCUGGUUAACCUGUGCUGAUGUGAAAAGCCGUCAAGCUUCAUUGUCUGCCAUCAGCUGCUGUCGUCUGUGGUGUGUAUUCUUGUCACGUCACGCAGGCUAGGUGCCGAGUACAAAUAGGUUGAGUGGGUCCUGCUGAGGUGAAGACGCCUUACUACUUUACACAGCUGUGGGUAUGGAGGAAUGUCUUGACUUCAUUAAUGUGACAAAACGGAUAAGUCUACAAACCAAGAGAAAUGCGGGCAGUUUUAAUUUGUAAAGAAGUGAUUCACCUCUUAGUUACAGACAUGCUAGCUGGGCCGUGAGGUUGUAGCUCAGCGCAGCAGUGCUUGGGUUAACAAAAUUAGCAUGCUAACAAGUUCACAUCGCUAAAACUAACAUCCUGAAUUUGGAAUCUCACCUUUCUAAUUCAGAAUACUUACUUGACUUUUCUUUAACUUGUCUAUCAAGAUCUCAUUUAAAUGUGUUUGCAUAGUUGUAUUGGCAAUAAAGUACAAAGCUACUGCAAAUAGAGUAUUUCUCACAGAUGAGUAGAGGAUAUCCUCCAAAUACCAUGAUUCCAACUGUCCUUGAGACCUUUUUUUAUUGCCAGAAACUGUGUAACUAUUUCUCAUCUUAAAUUAACAGAAUAAGCAAAGCCAUUUCUCAGCUCCUCUUCCAUGUGGAGUGCCCCAAGGCUCUAUACCCAGCCCAGUCCUUUUCUCCUUAUAUAUGCUCCCCCUGGGAUCUAUAUUUAAAAAAUAUAACAUUUCUUUUCAUUUCAAUGCUGAUGAUACGCUGCUGUAUUUACCCCUGAAAUUAGGAGCUUCCAAUGCCUUGGGCCCACUGUUAGACUGUCUGAGGGACAUUAAAACCUGGAUGGCUCUAAUUUUUCUGAAAUUAAAUAAGAGUAAGACUGAAGUAAUUGUCUUUGGACCACAUGGCAGCUGCCCCAGAGCAGAUCUGUCCACUUUCGAGCCCUUCUUAAAGACUCUUGGGGUUAUAAUGGACAGAGAUUUUAAAAUGGAUCUACAGAUAAAUGCUCAUGCUUAUCAUCUUCGUCUUUUAAACAAGGUCGUCUUUUUUUAUCUUUUAGUGAUUUUGAGAAGGUUAUGCAAGCUUUUAUCACAACUCGUCUUGAUUAUUGCAGUGCACUUUUUUUUGGUGCCAGCUAAACCUCUCUUAAUCGUUUACAGCUCGUUCAAAAUGCUACAGCUCGUGUUUUAUCUGGUCACCAUAAAUAUGACCACAUUUCCCCUAUUUUAGCCUCUCUUCACUGGCUUCCUGUGCAUUUUAGGAUUGAUUUUAAAAUUUUGUUAUAAACUUAUAAAUCUUUAAACGGGCUUGCUCCUUUUUAUCUCUCUGACCUUUCAAAACCCUAUAUUUCAUCUCGGACUCUCAGAUCCUCUGGCCAGUGCCUUCUGACUGUCCCUAGGUCAAGAUUAAAGUUGAGGGGAGACCAGGCUUUUUCUACUGCUGCACCUAACUCGGGAAUGCUCUUCCUCUUCAUGUCUGACUGUCCCCUUCACUGCUUGUUUCUAAAUCAAAUUUGAAAACGCACUUUUACUCCUUGGCUUUAAACUCUGGAGAACUUUUAUCACUUUUAACUUUUAUUAACUUUUAACUUUUAUUUAAUCAUGUUUUUUACUGAACCAUCUAUGUCCCCCUUUUUUUAAUGUGUUCCUUUGUCUUUGUUUUAUUGUUUGUGUUCAUUGUCUAGUUGUAUUGUUUUAAUUUUUACUGUACAGCACUUUGCUCAGCAUUCUGUUGUUUUUAAAUGUGCUUUAUAAAUAAACCUGGAUUGGACUGGAUAUUUUGCUAGAAUUGCUUAAAUGCGAGGCGUAGGCUCUUUUGAAGUUAAUGCCGCCCAUAAAAGGAGUGAAAUGAUGAAUAAAAACUUCAUCAAUAACAGAUGAUGAAAUAAUCCAUAUUAUCAAACAUACAUUUCUUGCUCUGUUGACUCAACACACAACAGAAAUAAGAGUUGUCAAUGGGAAUCCACAUAUAUGACAAUAACAAUAAAGGAUUUCGCUCACCGCUGUUUAGCUAUUGUAUUUUUUCACUGCAGUACGUGCUCGUCAUUGUCACAGCAGUCAGAUAAUGCAGAAGCUAUGCUAAUCCACAAAGACAGUUAAGUGGUAUUCAUCUUUUAUUCCUGUUUCCACACCACUGAUAUCUACUCUCAGAUGCUUGAUGCCUCAGUUUUUGGAUUUGGACAAUGAGUCACAGCAAUCUGAAAAUAGAUUAUUUUGAGUUUUUGGUGCAAAUCAAGUACAAACACCCCCUACUGCAUGACUGGAUCACAGCAAAUUUCCUUUUUUUUUUCCCAAAAGUGUACCUCAGUAAAAUGAUUCUGGGACUCCUGCUGUUCAUUUCCAAAACCUACACAUUAACAGUUUAUAUGAGUCUCAAUUAUAAAGCCCUGGAAACACAGUCUGCAGCCAUCUCUUUUGGAGCUGAUGCAGCAUGCAGACAUCACUGGCUGAGUGAGGUAUAAGCCGCCAUAGACGCAGCGUUCCCUCAGAUGUAUUUGAAUAAGACAUGAUGCCAGUUUAUUUUCGUAACAUCCCCCACCCCAGACUGUUGGCAAGCAAUGGAGUUGUGACUAACCCUCUUCUAGUCUCCACAUUAGGCAGGGAAAAUAGAACAAAAAACACUCAGUCUGUUUCUCUGCGGUUCACACUGUAGGCAAUUAGGUAAAAAUUCUUAUCGGAGUAUACAGUGUUAAUUUCUGCAUUACAGAGCAGCAGCGGUGUUUCACUGGGGGGGGGGGGAUCAUCUUUGAUCCUGAAUAACGUGCAUCCAAAUUGUUCAUUACUUUACUGACACACUUUUUCCUCUGCUGCAGUUUCAGCCCGGGCUCUUUGAUGUUAAAUAAUGAAUAGACAUCACAUCACACAGCCACACUACUCAUGAAGGUUCAGCCAAGAAUCUCUAUAAAGCAUUUGACUUUCAAGCCCUCGCCAAUCUGCUAUGUUAAAACCAGACUCACUGUCCUUGAACGCGCGAUCAAGAUACAGACUGUAAAUACGCAAAGAGGAAAAAACACUGAAAUCAUAUUUACUGAAAUGUCUGUAUUUCACAGGUCUGGACCAAGAUUGGCCUGUCUGCAGGGGUAGGCGGGCAGGAGAAGAGGAGGAGGAAAUGGCCGGCAGAGAUGUCAUAAACGUCACCACUACGUAGUUUGUCAAGUAUGCAGUGUGGUCCUCCCUGCUGCACAUCAACUGUGUUGCCAUGAUCCAGUUUUAACUGUGGGUGAGUAUCUUGAGCCUUUUUCAUUUUCACAGUUGAGAUGGUAUAAUAUUACAAUGGGCAUUUUGAUAUGUUCCACACAUUUGGAUCAAUUUUCAUCCAAAAAAAAGAAGUGCUCCGUGAGUAUGGUGUCCUUGGUGACUCUUGAGCUAUGUCAGAAAUAGAGCUAACAAAUGUCACAGUGCAGUCAUUAGGGUUACCCGGUCAACCUGAAACAACAAAUCUAAGAACGAUAUGUUGAAUCUUGAACAUACUUUUGGUUCAUGUAAUUGGAACUCAGAGUGUUCCCAUCUUCACCUAUGAAUCAAUCAGCAUUUCUUUGCUUUUGCUGCCUCGUUUUGGCCUCUACCGUCUUAUUCUACAUCAGACUCUCCUCAGUUACCCAGAAAUGGAGAGGCAUGAAAGGUGAUGUUAAAAUUCUGUAAAGUUGACCACAGAAGUCUGUUAUGUAGGAAACUCCCUGCUUCAUAGUAAUCACAAGUGGCCCCACGAUACAAUAUAAUCCGGAUACUUGGGCCAUGAUACAAUAUUAUCCGGAUACUUGGGCCAUGAUACAAUAUUAUCACGAUACUUGGGUCAUGAUACAAUAUUAUCACGAUAAUUGGGCCACAAUAUGAUAUUAUCUCGAUACUUGGGCAACAAUACAAUAUUAUCUUGAUACUUUGGCCACAAUACAAUGUCAUCAAGAUACUUGGGUCACGAUACAAUAUUAUCUUGAUACUUGGGCCACGAUACAAUAUUAUCACGAUACUUGGGCUAUGAUACGAUAUUAUCACGAUACUUAGGCCACGAUACAAUUUAAUCACAAUACUUGGGCCAUGAUUCGAUAUUAUCACGAUACUUGGGCCACGAUACAAUAUUAUCACGGUACUUGGGCCAUGAUUCGAUAUUAUCACGAUUUUUAACACUUUGCAAUACAAUAAAUAUUGUGAUACAAUGUAUUGCGAUUUAUGCAAUUUUUUCAACGUUUUAGCUAAUUCAGCAUUUGUCCCUCUUUGUGUUUGUCUUAUUUACGCUCAAUUUUAUUUUUAUGUAACACCUCUUGCAAACCUUUUACUUAUAUGUUGUACUAACUUUCUCCUGCUGUAUGGUGUCACCUCUGCCAACCUCACUGGACAAACAGUUGAUUUUUAUUUUCCAUUAUCAUAGAUUUGACUUCAUUUUAGCAAUAAUUUGAAAAAUCAGUACUUGAUAAAGGAGACAAUGCGAUACAUCACCAGACAAAAUACCGCAAUACUAUGCUGUAUCGAUUUUUUUAUCCCAACCCUAGUACUUAGUGUGUUUAUCAGUGAAAUCCUUCUGUAAUUUAUUCCAGGAUGCGCAAAGUCUAAUGGAAUAUUUUCUGUAUGAUGUAUUGCUCUUCUACUUAAGCAUGCAGAGCCAUGUAUUAUAAUAUCAUAGGGCUGUGCUGCAAAUCACCUCUCCAAAGUCAUGAGUUAAAAAUUUCAUACAGUCAAAUUCCAUAUCAGAAAAAUGGUGCACAGCUUGAGUCACCACUUACACUCCAUCCAUUCUCCCCUGAUGGCUCAGGCAUUAAUGAUGUGUUUAUCUACAGAGCUCAAUAAACAUAAUUGUCUUGUACAAUAUUUUAAGCCUCUGUAUACCGCCACCUCUCCCAGCAGUGGGACCUGGAUAACUGUGAGAAAUGAUGACUGGUUUCCUCAUGUGAAAAUCUGAAUGGCAAACACCUGGGCCCACAUGAUGUCUUUUUCUCCUUUGUUUUAUCGCGCAGAUAAGUUGAUGGCUGUGUUUUUCCCAGUUAUUGCUCAGGGUAAUGCAAUAGCAUUUAAGAGGGGGAAACUGACUUGUAGAGUAAUAUGGGGGACUGUCAUAUUUCAACUCAAUGUAAAUGAUCAACAGUGGUUCAGGGAGAAGAACUUGAAUAAAGAUACAUCUGAAAAUAUGUUAAUUCGUUUUUAAUAAAACUAAGAAGUUUGGAGUUUGGCAAGAUUAAGAGUAAACCUACCAAGUUUUUGGCCAUCAUAAUGGAUGAACUAACCCUCCCUCUUUAUUGAAUAUUUUCUUAGAUAGAUUGAUGUCAGACAGCGUGAAGUCAGUUAAUAUAGUAAGCUACAUGAAUACAGUUUUUGACUCCUCUUAAAUCAACUUUGACAAAUUAGGACUAGUCAUUUAUGUGUCAUCAAAUUGUAAUAUUGGUAUGUCAGGGUGUGUUCAGUUACACUCUUUAAGGCUUUUUUUUUUUUUCAGCAUGAGCUCAAACAUUGCUAGCUCUAACCAGAUUUGCAGGUUUGUCAGUCGUGUUUACUUGCUGCAACAUUAGUGAGGACCUGACCCAGCGUGGCUUACAAGGCAACACAUCUUUAAGUCUUAACGUUAACUUGCUAAAUUGGACUUACUGGAACAUGCACCUCAAGCCUCAGUCUGAGUUUAUGUGACGUCCAAAAGCUUAUAUUUUUAUAAGCUACUAUGAAAUAUAUUUUCUCUUUCAUCACAUUGUUAAAAAUUGUACAAACAUGGUUUUAAUCAUCACGCUGUUUAUGGUGCUGGUAGAUUUUUUAAAGGGGAUACAAAGCUGACCAAUAUGAUCUGAACUCUGCACAUUUGCCAAGCAGUCCACCCUCUGCCUGGUGACAUCAUUUCCUGCCAUUUGGCCUGUAAAUAUUGUUUCUUCUUUUUUUUUUUUUUUUUUUUCUCCCUUGGCAUGAAGUCACUGCCCGUCCUCAGUGAUGGCACAGAUGAGCUCAUCAGGUUGGCGCAGGGAAAAAGCCUCUCUUCAUGGCCUCCUUCAGCGACUUUGACCUUUUAUUCGUUAAAUGUCUGACAGUAUCAUUUUAAAACCUCUUAAAUCAUUUUUUUUCUGCAGAGGUCAUAAAUUAUUACCUCUGUUUCUUUUGGUGAGACUUGAAUGUUGCUCUGUCUGCUGCAGAAUUAUAUGUGUUUCAAAGCUUAGGCUUGACUACUGCACAAUUUGUGUGUUCACCCAAUGUCUGUUUUUUUAACUUACAGAGCGACACAUUCAUUCUGCUGUCAUCUCAUGUCUAUUAUGGUGUUUCUGCAACAGUGAAUAAAAAAGGAGGUCAUGGUUCUUGAGUGAUAGAGAGCUACACAUUUGUUUCUCAUAAUCUGAUGACUUUGUCUCAGUAUUUAUUUUCAGUUAUGAACCUAAAUUCAGGUAUUUUUAUAUUCUCUUUUUAAAUAUUGUCAUAACUCCUUGACAUGUUUUGGUAACACUUUACUUGACGCCUUAAUGAGGUCAGGUAUUAUAAUGUGUUAUGCUUAUUGUUAUAAAGCCUUAUUAUAAUUAAUAAGAUAUUAUAAUGAUAGUUACACAAGUAAAUUAUAACUCAUCAUAAAUAUAUGUAUAAUGCAUUAUCUAUGUGGGCAUUGUCAGUGGGUUGUUGACAGUUAUAAUACAUUAUAUAUCUGACCUUGUAAGUGAUGAUGAAAUGCUUUGUACUGUAUUAUGAUUAUUUCUAUAAAGCAUUAUGAUCAUUUAUGAGUGUUUAUAACUAUAGUUAUACAGUGCAAUAACGUGAUUAUAAUGCAUAAUACAUAUAUUUAUAAUAUGUUAUAGACGUAGGCAUCAAGUGUUACCCAUAUUUUAUAAAAUGAAGUGUACUAAUAUAUCCAUUUUCUCUUCCCAGGUAAUGUUGAACCAAAUAACCAACCCUGGAGAUGCCGAAGAGAAGAGAUAUUCUUGCCAUCGUGUUGAUUGUGUUACCCUGGACGUUGCUCAUCACUGUUUGGCACCAAAGCGCUAUCGCUCCACUUCUCGCCAUCCGCAAGGGUAUGCAGUGCACUUCACUGGCAAUAUUAAACCUGAAGUGGGUCCUUGAACCUAACACCACACUUCAAGUUUAGACAACAGGCCGUUCAUUUAGAGCCACUCGGAAACCACGACCAUCAGCUUCAUCAGAGCUCAAUAGCACUUGUCCAGUCAUUGUAAACCUAAUCAGUGUUCAUUUUUAUGUCCAUGAAUAGGGAGCUAUAACCACAUAGCAUACAAGGAGGUAUUUUUGAGCAGCAGUUUCCAUUUGUUUGUGGAACAGUAUCCCUCAGCUGUUAGAUCUGAAGGAUUUUAUUGUGUUCAUAACCAUUUGCCAACAAUAGUUCGAUAAAACAAAAAUGUUUCAUAACUCAGUCAUGGCCUCUACCCUCAAACACAGCAUGUUAGCGUCAAACAGCAUGUCAGUGAGUCAUUCUAUUCAUUUAGAUUCAAAUUAUUCCACAGCUUUAUGCACUGAAAUCCAGCAGGGAUUGAUUUCAGUUUGUUUUAUCAUAAAUUUGAUGUUUUUCUGCUUCCUAAGCUUCAUGGAAUAUUUGAAUCCCAUGUUGUAAUAUCAUGGUUGUACACCAGUCUGAAUCAUUAAUACACUAACUCAUGAUCCUCUCAGAGACCAUAAGCCAACAGUGUAAAAUGUCAAGUAUACCGUAAAGUAAACAAGCCCAAAUUAGAGCGACAGAAAAUCAAUAAUGCUCUUUGCCCUCUCCUUUGAGAGUCAUGAGCAAACAUGAAAGGUUCAACCAACAUUCAGGAUCUGACAAACAAAACAGGUCCACACAAACCCCUUAAGACAGUCUGAAAACAACAGAAACAACAUAUACUUUAUUUCAAUAUUUAAUGUGCAAAUAUAAUACAAAACACUAAUACAGAGUGAACAGAUAUACCUAACAGAGCACUGCAGGUACACAGAUUUUCUCCCUUUUAAUGAAAUUAAGUGUUGACAAUUCAAAUGCUUUCAGUUAUUUUAAUAUCUCCUGGGAUUAAGUAAAGACACAAUAAAGUCCAAAAAACAUUUGGCAGUGUCAUUUGACCCAGCUGUGAAUACUAGCGUCCCUUUUCAUGCUCUGAAAAGAGAAGCUAGGGUUUUUUCCUUUUUGGCAGCAUGCUUGCUGGCAGCCUCUGUCGAACAUCUGGCCAUCAGCAGAUUGUGUUAAUCUAUCCGCUGCAGAGAGAUCCUCCUUAUGCUGGAGGUGCAAAUGGUACUCAGGCAGAACGGUGACAAAAGAUUACCAUUAGCACAAUGAAAAGAAAUUAAAAACCUUAAUGAUUUAAUUAUUAUAUUCUAUCUAUCAAGACCCAAAAUCAUAGUCAGAAUAUCACAUUUUUAAUCUCUGUAACCUUACACACAAGGUUUAAAUAAGUGUUCACCUUCUUUCACAUUUAAAUGAAUGAUUUCCUUUAAACUGUGUACUAGAAAGAAAUGAGAAGUCAUGAGCGAAGUGUUGUCCUGCUGCAGGUUUCCAACCUUUUUGUCCAGUUUGAUUUCUGGAAUUCCCGACUACAGGUGAUAUUUAACAAAAAGUGUAGUGACCAUCAAAGCAAACAUUAACUUUUGAAUCCCAAUCAGAAUUACCUCAUAACCCUGUAAUCUGUUUUCAGUCAUGUAUAAGCAUAAAUAUGUUCAAGUCCCACUCCGAUCGAUUAUUUAUUUAUUUUUUUACUACUUGAAGUGUUUUCAGUAGUUUUUACCAAAAAUCACAUUACCUGUGUCAUUUUCAAAGGUUUUUCUUCUGCAGAGUACCAGUAGAUUAUUAGCAAUUCACCUUUGAGUCGUGGGCGGAGACAGCGCCGCUCUGCACACUCGUCCUCAUGUUAGCUUGCAGCCUAACAUUGCCUAACAUUGAACAGGAGCUAUUCAGCUCUCUGACACUAAUGUCGUUAGGGACUCGAUGAAAGCUAAUAUAUUAGCUUUCUUUUGAGCAUUGCAACCCACUAACGCACAUGCUUGUUCUGCAAUCGUCCUCUGUAUUUCUUCUCUAUAUGCAAAUUGGGCCUGCAUAGCGGGGCGCUGUGGGCGGAGCUUGGAUUGGUUACGAAUGAAAUUUCAUUGUUUCUGAAUCUGCCGUUUGGGUCUGCCAGAUUCACAGCGAUUUGAAUGAAUGAAUACUCAGAAAAGGUAUUUCACAUUGAGUUUUGUCAUGAUCUGUCCUGUAGCAUCAGAAAAAUACCAAAUAAAGAUAUAAAAAAAAACAAGAAAAAUGUGAUUUUCAUUGGGGUGGUGAGCUAGGAAAGUAAGUGGGGUUAGACAAGGAGAAGUGAGUCCAUGGUGGAGUCUGAACAUAAAAAGAGGGCAUGUUUCCUGGAUCCACAUACCCACAUUUUUCUUUCUUUAUGAAGAAAAGCCCGAAGGCAACACUGAGGGAAUAGCAAGGCUCAUCCCCUCCUGUCCCUUUGCUCUCGCUGUCUCUCUGUCCAUCAGCUGUGUUACCCUCUCACAGUGCCUGCUUUCACUUUUUGCAGCCUGUCACCACCUAGUAAAAGAGAUCUUUAUCAUUCCAGAGAGGCUUGCAGUCCGUCACCACCGGCUCUCAGGUACACUUUACCCCCAUUGGGUUUAAGUCACCUGAGGAAAAUAUACAAAGGGCAGCCCAAGGUUGCACUAAUGCCUUACAUGUCUUCUUAUCCCCAAAUCUGCAGAUGAUGGUGUCGAGAGGAGGAGGGAGGCUGGUGGCCAAGCUCAGGACUCCAAGGAAUACUGUGCCUCAGAUAAGGACAUAGUGGAGGUGGUGAGGACAGAGUAUGUGUACACACGGCCUCCACCCUGGUCCGAUGUGUUGCCCACCAUACACAUCAUCACCCCCACAUAUAGUCGCCCGGUGCAGAAGGCGGAGCUUACACGGCUGGCAAAUACCUUCCUCCAUGUUCCCAACCUGCACUGGAUUCUGGUGGAGGACUCUCAAAGGAGGACACCUCUCGUGACAAGACUCCUCAGAGAAACUGGGCUCAACUAUACCCACCUCAAUGUAGAGACACCCAGGAACUAUAAACUGAGGGGUGAUACUCGAGAUCCCAGAAUCCCACGGGGCACCAUGCAAAGGAAUCUGGCCCUUCGGUGGCUGAGGGAAACCUUCAACGCCAACAGCAGCCAAGCAGGGAUUGUCUACUUCGCUGAUGAUGACAACACAUACAGUCUGGAGCUGUUUGAGGAGGUAAGAGCUGAUUCACAAACUCAUCGUCACCCUAUGAAAAUAAUGGCCUAUGUCAUUUUUGACGAAAAUGAGUUUUUGGUCUAAAUCACUUCUUGAUAAUGCUGGCCAUCUCUGACGAUUUUACCAGAGAUGGUCAGCAUUAUCAAGAGUUGAUUUAGGCCAAAAACUCAUUUUCGUCAAAAAAUGACUUAGGCCAUUAUUUUCAUAGGGUGACAUCAUGCUCCUUUAUACUCAUGUCACUUUUCUGCAUUUUUUUCUUUUUCACUCUUAUCAAUGGAGUGUCAAAUGUCUGGAAAGUCAUUAUGGGAUGAUAAAUUAAUCUUCACUCUUUAUUUUUCCAGUGUGUGUAAACAUAAAGUAGAGAGUGGAUGUUUGGUACUUAAAGACAGCAGCAAACAGUGGCUGCAAUUUUGAUAUAGUUCGGUUACCUUCAUCGUAGUAAUUUCAUUGUUAUUGUGGAUUCAAAUUUAGUUACAUUUAGCUAAAAGUAACUGCAACAAAAACAUUACAACUUUGAGCCAAAGUCACAUAUUUUCAACUUUAAGCAUGUACUAAUACAUCUCCAUGAUCCAGUUUAACAACAAAACUUGACUCUGCAUUUUGGUAUGCACACAGGAACGGUCAACUCAACACAAUUUCCUUUCCUAAUCCUCAAACUCCAUCUACCUUUGAACGCUGCACAACAAAUUUGAGCUCCGGAAAACAAAACAUGUCCAGACCUCACAGUGGGUGAUUCAGUUUGGCCUUAGAGGAGACACAAUUUUCAGUAAAGCACGGGGGCAAGCCAUUUUACGAUGUUUGGAGAGCUUGAAGCACAGCAGCAAUUCAGCUGUGGCAGAGAGUUUGGGAUUGAUCAGGAAAGCCAAAAACUGGUAAACCUUCAGCAAUAUAUCAUGUGCACUCAUUCUGUCCACAGGUCCAGGAAGAAAAACAUAUAUUUUUAAGAAGGUUACGGAAAAUGUUGGUUAUUGUUAGUGCACUGCAUGAUGAAUGUCUUGUUUUGAAACCUACUUUCCAAUAACUUAUAAAGUCCUUAAGAGCUCAAUCAGAUUAAAUUCAUGUCUUCAUUCUUUAAUUUAGUAUAACAAUAAAAAAUCAGAUGGCUGAAGCUUUUUUCAAGCGGUCAACAACCAGAUCUCUUGGGAUUUAGAGCUUGUAGAGAGAAGUUUGGGCAUGUAAUCAGUACAUCUUGGGCCAUCCAUCUUGACAUCAGUUGAAUUACCUGAGCGGACACGGUCUGGGUCCUCUGAGUAUUAGCCUCCAGUCUUGUUAGUAGUGCAGACGGGGUCUGUAGUAAAUGGAGCGCCGGGUAUUGACGGGGCCUGUCAUUACCUUUCUCUGGGAAUCAGCCGAAGUGCUCCGUCUCCCUCAGAGGCCCUCCAUCACCUCCAACAGGCCUAUUUAUGGGCCAAAGGAUUGGCCCAGAGAGGAGAGGAUAGUAACAGAGGGGUAGACAGAAAUAGAUAGGGAGAGGCAGACAGGGGAAAAAAAUGAAGGAGAAAGACAAAGUAACAGGUAGAAAGAACUGACAGCAGCUACCAUUCACAUAACUUAAACUUCCUUUGCUCAUAGGAGUCCACUGAAAGUGACUGCUCGGGUGAAAAAGGUUGAAAAUGUGGUGUACAUUGCCAAAGGUGUAAAGUCAAUCCCCAAAUAAAACCUCUGACUUUAGUAAAGUGAUUCCAGAGACCACAAAAAAAAUGGAAGUGAACAUGUCAACUUUAUUUUGAAAAGAUUAUCAUUUUCCACAGACAGCAUAAUCACAAACUAUCACUGACACAUGUAGAUAGUAGUACACACAUGGAAAAUUUUUGAAAUGAUGAGCCUACGCCAAAAACAUCUACUUCAAUUCAUAAAAUGUUUAAUCCUAAACCACAGCCGGAAUCUAGUUUAGCUUUAACCGACUGACAUAGAAAGAUGGACAUAUUCUGCAAAAGCAAUAAAACUCCUGACUGGUUGUUAUCAAACUUGCUUCAUAUCUGCUAUUAACAAAGUGAAUAGAGUAAUUACGGUAGUCUUAGUGUAUGUAGAGCACGAGUACAGUAUCUUGUAUCUCAGCCUGUCGAAGUUUCUAGUUCAUACUGGUUUUAACUUCUGAGGGAACAGUACUGAAUUUCAAAACCUUCAGGAAAGUUUCUCUCUGUUUUGGAUAAAGUAGAACACGCUGUAAAUAAAAAGUGCAUAAAUUACAAGGCUUUAUCUGAAAAGUUUAUGUUUCCCUCCCACACCAAAAAGUUAUUAACUGGUAAGCAUAUGUUAUUUUUAACACACACUGCCCUCAAUUUCAGAUUUUAGGAAUAUGAGCUCUUCGCAUGAGCAGACUGCUUAUUUCAGUGUUGGGUGGUACUAAUAAAUCAAAUAUGAAAACAAGGAUUAUAUUUUGCUUUUUGUUGCUUACAUGACAGAUAUUUUUAAAGAAACUGUUGUCAGUAAUGUAAAUAUCACAUCUGUUUAAUUGAAAAUCUGAAAUAAUGUCAUCAUAUAGCUCUUUUUAGAGUCCACAUGUCACAUUUGGAAAAACAGGCCAAUAUGAACUUGCACUCUUCUCUUGGCUGUCACCAGAGGAAGGGUUUUUGCUGUUUGACUUUAGCUGAAACACACAACAGAUGCAGCAUCUCGAUUGUAGAUGGGAACAUGAUCAGCCACUUGACAUGCUGGCAGGGAGCCUGAUUCGUGCUUUAUUUGAUUUUUAGUUGCACACUUCAAGAGAAACUAGCAGGUGAGGUCCAGAUAAAACAGGUUGGUAGCUUGGAUCGUUUGCAGUCUGGCAACAAAAAAAUCUGCAUAAUGUCAAAACAAAAGCAUUUUAAAUGAGUGACAACCAGGUAUUGAUGGCGCAUAUUCUGCAAAGUGACUCGGUGCAUUUACAUGCACAGCUUAAUCAGACUAAGCUCAUAAUUAGUUUUUUCGCUGAAUCAGACUUUCUUGUCCGCAUAUAAAUGCAGCUGAGGAAAUCGAAUAGUUGACAUGACGGUAUCCUCCUACCCAAAACUUGGGGGUGAUAUGAGUCUUUUCAGCGGGGCUGUUUUCUGAUUGACCAGACUGUCAACAACAGCAGCAGGUGACCACUGCUGCUGGGCAUUUUCCAGCAAGAUGGAGCAUCGUACAGCAUUGUUUUUGUCGGUCAUGAUGUAGGAGUUCUUAAAGUGAUAGCGCCACUUCUUCUCUGGUGUUUUUUUUAUUCUGGGGUUAUGGGGGCGUGGCACAUGCACACAUGCAUUAUCCAAUCAUACUCCAACUACGCCGAUUACAAGGUCGAAAAAAUCGAAUUCCAAUUGCAUUAUCUGGGUGUCUUAAUCUGAGUUCUCCCACUUUAAUCAGAGUUCUCAAACUCUGAAUAUAGUCAGACUAAGGUGUUUACAUGCAUUUCAGUUGUCCGGUCUUAAUCAGAGUAAGGCAAUAAUUCAGUUUUCUCGAGUGUCAUGUAAACGUACUUACUGAAAGGCCCACAAAAAAAGAGAACGCAAAGAUAGAAUAAAACAUGAUAUCUUGAGUGUUAACAUUAAAGCAUCAAUGAUGCAUUCAGUUCCACCAUUAACACCAAGCGCUUAUUAAGACUGAACAUCCUUAUCUGCAUGUCCAGUGUAGUCCCUUUCCCAAAGCUCAACUCCACUGAUUCCCAUAAGCCUCCAGCCGACCUCAUGCUGUUUACACCCUGCUUCUCUCUGAUCCCCUGAACUGACCACACAGCAGCCCAUCAGAUCACACACCAAUCUAACAAAGCAGGCUAUAUGCACAAGGUCAUUUGCCUGUGAUUCACUCAAACCCACUGUCCAUGUUUGAACAAAUACACAACCAGCCUGUAUACAGAUAGAUACGUUCAGUAUGCAUGCAAACACGUCAACAUAUCUUAAUCUCGACACUGUGCAUGCACUUGUCUCUUUGUUUUAAAUAGCCCUUCCCCCAGAAGCAGCAGUAUCGUUGUUUCUGCUGCAUUAGGUUUGAUUAAAUGACUUAACUGUUUCUCGACCGUCCUCAUCCUUCAUUGCAAAAACAUAGCCCUUGUUUUUAAUCACUGCAGCACCUCAUGCUAGACCUGCAAAGGCUCACAGAGGGGGAGACAAAGAAAAGGGCUGAAAUAUUGUUUGAUCUUGUAAGAUUAAAGAACAAAAAAAGGAAAAAGGAGGAUGGAUGUGAUCUUCUUCAGAAUCUCCUCAGCUAAGUAGCGAGCCCCCGGCUCUAAUCGCCUGACUCCUCCGAAGCCUCUCAAAACGUACCUCCUUUAAAGAUGGCUGCAUCCAAUUAGCUUGUUGUAUGUCAGCUGUGGGUUCUCUGCCCGUAUUUUACAGCUUGUCAUCUGCUCAUAACAUAAUAGCUCGGUCAAUAUUCACUCUUUUAGAAUGAAUAAUAGCAGCAGCUCAAAUAACCCUCUGUCCAUGCUCCGCUGUCAAGAUGGCAGCUGAUGCACAAGUACUCUGUGUCACUGUCAUGUACACUAAUUCAGUUGACUAAUUUGCCUUCUCCUCUCCUCCAUUUCUCUUCUUGCCUCUCCACUGCUAGAUGAGAUCGACUCGGAAAGUUUCAGUGUGGCCCGUGGCCUUUGUGGGUGGCUUGCGAUACGAGUCCCCCAAGGUGAAUGCAGCUGGAAAGGUCUACGGCUGGAAGACUGUGUUCGACCCGCAUCGGCCCUUUGCCAUUGACAUGGCUGGCUUCGCCAUCAACUUGAGGCUCAUCCUUUUCAAGCCACAAGCAUAUUUUAAGCUUCGCGGGGUGAAGGGAGGCUACCAGGAGAGUAGUUUGCUCCGGGAGCUUGUCACACUCAAUGACCUGGAGCCCAAAGCAGCCAAUUGCACUAAGGUAAUUUCUUUCCUUUAACAAUUACUCAUAUUAGGCAGCUUUACUUGAACAGUUCGUGGUUAGGGGUUUGUGUGGAGAAAAAAGAAGAAAAAGAAUACUCGAAAAAUAUGAAUAUCUCUUUUUUUAGAUAAAGUGCCAAUUCAUAAAUAAAAAUGUAUGUAUUAAACAGUCUAAUGAGUACAAGUAUACAAGUGUUAUUGCCUCAUAUAUGGAAAGUUAAUUUUCUCAGAAGUAAGGACAAACCCACUCAAAAUCAAGCUUGCUGUGCUCGGUGUCAAAUUGUCCCAAGCCUGAGGGUCCCUCUGAGAGUCACAAGGAAAAUCUAAGGAGCGUCAAGAUGAUUAAAAGCCUUGGGGGCAGAAAAUCUUUUUCUCCUUCACCAAAACUUUGGGCCUCAAAGGGUUACUCAACAUAAAACAUUAGAGGGGUUAUGAAGGGGUGUGUUUCUAAUGACAAUGCCAGCAAAUCUUGGAUUUCUGAAACAGAGGAGCUUAAAGUACAAGAGGUCAAAACUCAGUCAGGUUUGAAGGGAUCACAAUAAUAAACAUUAAAAUAAAGGCGCUAUGAGGAGUUUGUAACUGGUUGAGAAACAGACUGAAACUGAUGCUUCUUUAUAAUGUUUUUACCCCAAAAUCAGACAAGACCAUCAGCAACAUGUCUAAUAAUGAAGUAAAUUUUGAUGCUUUAACUGCUGUGAGGGAGGGAGUGUCGAACCAGGUGAUUGACAGCAGGUGGAAAAAUUGACCUGACUUUUACUCACAAUAAGUUUAAUUUAUCAUUUAAAUUUAUCUAUAAUAAUACAUAAUACAUAACAGGUAUCUCUUUGCCAACUUGAGGCAUUGAUAUCAAAACAACCCAGAAGUUCCUAACAGCAGCUUUAAGAGCUUCAUUGUACUUCAUUAUCUGCCUUUAUGUAUUUUUGACAUAAAAUCUUAAUCCAUAAAGCAAAGUAACCCAAAAAAGAUAUGAAAAGAUAUAUCCAACUUGGAAGUUCGUAUCAAGUAGAGGCCUUAAGCAGCAUUUCACCACUGCACCAAACACAUGUGCAUGUACGCAUGUAGUUUUGACAGAAUCCUAACAAUGUGAGAUAGUUUGUUUUCACAGAAUCAAAAUCAGGGUUGGAAAUGUCACCUCUGAAAAAAACGGUUAGUCUAUUUCAUACAUUUUGAAGCAUGGAUAGGGCCAGAAUUGACGCUUUCUACUGUUUCUUGUCUUUGUGAAGCCAAACUGACCCUGGCUAAUAUAAAGUUUACCUAAUACAAGUGUGGCAUAAAUCUUCUUAUCUAAUGCUAAAAUAUGUUUUUAGAGUUAUCUAAUGCAUUAAUUCAUGAAAAAAACAAAUGAGACAAGCAGAGACCUUAAUGACUCGUAUCUGGCUGAAUUACAGAAUAGAUAAUUAAACCGCAUUUAACUUUUCUAAUUUCCUAUCAGAAUAUGGAUGUCACAAAAGUUUAUCAGUUUAUAAGCCAAACUUACUUGGUUGAGUUCCCUGCACAUGUGCAAUCUACACUUUAAUGAGGUUACUGUUUGUGCAAUUAUCCUCAAGGCAUGUAAUUUUAUAUAAGAAAAAGUAUGUAACAUGUUGAUUUUGUUAUGGACAGAAUAUAAAUAAGUCUCAGUUUGUUGCUAAAAGUUUGAGAUCAUUGAUUUUAUUCCUCACACUGCCCACAUACACUCUUCUACACAAACACGUUGGAGAAAGAGCCUGUGGGCAGAAGCAGCAGCAGCAUUCCUCUCAAUGUCCGUCCUGCUUACAGCUCGUAGUCUGGGUCACAUCACUAAGCCUCUCCAUGCAAAGAAGAGUCAGCCAGAGGGCUUCAGCUAGCCGUAUCCAUCGCCUUUACACAAACGUAAAGACAGAGAGAGACAGAGACGGGGAAAGAAGGGAGAGAUAGAUACUUUCGGCCAUUCUUUUCUGCUCCCUCCCAGCCAUUCACAGGGUAAAUGAAAGGAGGGGAUUCAAGGAGCGGCUGAGAGAGCUGAAUUGGAGUUGGGGGGAGCAGGGACGUCACGCUGAUUACAGAUGAGUGCAAGGAUGGACAGAAGAGCGGGAGGGAAAGAGGGAAGAGAGAAAGGAAAACCGUGCAUGGGCAUCUCUUUUCCUUAUAAUCUACCACUUCAGAUGUGAGCGUGACUAUUAACCUCCCCCCUACACCUGAGCAAAGAGGGAGUGGGCUCCUGGCACAUCUCAAACACACCUGAUGCAUAAUUCAUAGCUGCUGCCACGGUGAGAUGAAAGGAAGGAGAGUUCCAACACAGAGAGGAGCGGGCAAAAUGAGCUUGACACUUUCUUCUUUCCCUGCCCUGUUCUCCUUACCAUCCUUUUCCUGGGUGUUUGUCUGGUCUCAUAAGCAAAAUGAACCAAGUCUGAAGGCUUGCUAACACAAUAGCACACUCACAAAAACAGAGAAAAGAAGAGGAGCGGUGCUGCAAAUGGAAAAACAGCACACACGGUGUGUCAAAGCAUUUUUAGCCGCCUGUCAUUUGGUUUGGUUUGGUUUGGUUUGUUUAUUUUCACAUAGAAAAGAGUUUAAAAACAUAGAUUACAAGAUUCAAUGGUAAUGUGAAGGAGAGUGCCUGAAAACCCUCCAGGGGCUUGAGAAAUGGCAUUCUCCAAGAAAAUUACAUGUAGAAUAUACUUUUUACAAUUAAGGCAAUAAUAAACAUAUCAUACAAAUGAAAAGGUAAAAAAAGAAUACCAAGCUAUAACAACACAAAAUAAAAAAUCUGAGAGACACAGAAUAAUAAAACACUAAAGAAAAUAAUGAAUGGACCCUGGUUCGUUAAGCAAACCAUAUGGGAAGUAUUUAGUUAAAAGAAGUGAUUUCAGAGCCUUCUUAAAUUGGUAAGAAGACAACUCCCAUAAAUGAAAUGGAAGAGAGUUCCAUCUUUUUGACCCUCUGAAGCCUUUAUUAAAUUGAGUUUGAGACGUACGUGUCAUUGGGGGUCUAAGGUUAGUCGAGCUACGUGUUGGGUAAUAAUGGACCUGAGAAUUAUGCCCAAAUAAAUUAUGGAAAAAUGAAGGAAGGGUUCUCCCCAAUGAGCCAUGAACAAAUAGACCAAUUUGGAGAUGGUUGACUUGAAAAACACUGAGAACUCCUAAAUGAAUAAACAAAGGCUGAGAUGAAUGUCUUGGAUGUACACAACUUAUCGUUCUUAGAGCUCGUUUCUGAAGACAAUAUAUAGGCUCAAGUUUGAUCUGGUGGGUACUAGCCCAAACUAUAUUACAAUAGUUAAUAUACGGAUAAAUCAUAGAAUAGAAUAUUAUAACAUAGUGGCUACCUCAGAGCUGAUCAGAUGGCGGACUUGACACAGGCUGAAACACGUGUUUAAUACCACACACUCAUGUCCCCUCCCCUCACUCCCAUCUAACACUGGGUUCACGCUUAAGUAGCUCUUAGACAGGUCCUGUUGAACGUACAGCCAGAAUCGACUGUUUUGGAGAACAUGAGGCGGCAUGAGCUGAAAGGGGGAGAGUGCAUUGAAGGAGUGCAUUAGGGGAACAGCAUGUUACUAAUGUUUCUGUCAUUUAUGUUCCAUUUUCUCAUCAGAUACUUGUCUGGCACACGAGAACAGAGAAACCAGUCCUUGUAAAUGAGGGGAAGAAAGGAUUCACAGACCCCAACGUAGAGAUUUGACCUUCUUCUUCCAGACCAUGGUAAAAAAAAAAAAAAUCUUUUCCUUGAAGUAUUUUCUGUCUUUUCCAAGCCUUAUUCCCUUUAUGAGGGAAAAUGGAAAUGUCAUGACCUGUAUCAGCCAAAUGAGCUGGUGUUCUUAAUAUUUCUCACUACGCUGAACAUUCAUUUCUUAAUAUGACAAUGGCAGCAGCUGUCUUGCUUUAUUCAAUGUCACUAAUGGAAUAAACAGGUUCAAUUAAUGUGAAUUAAAUCUUAGCGCUCUUUCUCAGCAUAUCUUAAUCCUUUCCUUCACAGGUGAUUGGCCUUGGACCUGCAGAGGAAGAAAACAGCAGAGUCUCUUGAUAAGUGCAACCAGUGCUCAAGUCUUAAUCAUCAGAAAAAAGGAAAUGAGGGGCCUUUGGAAGAGGAUUUAAUCUUCUUGGCUGACAUUUAAAAAUAUGGACUCCUACAGUAUAAAUGUAUCGUAUUAAAGCACAGAUUAGAGAGAGGCGGCAGUCGUCGGGUCUGAGACUGAAGUGCAGAGGAGACGGAGCAUCCCAAGGCUGCUGUGGUCAGACAUGACCUGCAUGUUCACAGCCAGCCGAGGACAGCCGAACAAAAAGAGACAGCACAAUAUGACAAGCAUCCAGCCAGCAGAUUCAACCAAACAAGCAGGUCAAAGAAGAUCCUUCACCUCAAGUGACUAAGAGGAAAAAAAUAACUAAUAUGAUCUGGAUCUGCACAUGGUACAAGAAAUCCCUCUUGACAUUAAGGAGAAACAUCGUCAGUCUGGAUAAAAACACAACUCUGAGGACAAAUAUGUCUCGACUGGAUUGUGCAAACACAAACACUGCAAGGGAAGGAAUGUUCUUUUGAUAACUAUGAAAUGUUUGCUUUUAUUUAAUUUAAUCAUGUUGAGUAUUUUACAAGCACUCGACUUGCUAGUUCAAUUCUCUUGACUCUUACCUACAUUUACUCUUGGGUUAUCAUUGUUCAUUUUAUAGUGUCAUUAUAACUCAUGCAAUUAAGUCAUCCGAACACUUGAGGAGAGAGACUGCUGUUUUAAAUGUACCCCAGGUGGUGCUUGGGGGAACAUCAAAUCUCGAGAUUGCUUUAAGCACUUAAAAAAAAGUACACAAAAUUAUCUUCCUUUGUGUAAAUAGUAACUUAUGAGAACAAUCAGAGGAUUGAUGGAGAAUUAUGACAAAAACAUUGUAAUUACUGUAUUUAUAAGUCAAAGAAAACACAAGUCUCUUCCCCCGCGGUUAUUCCCUCACAGCGACAAAUGACAAGGCACAGCUUCAUCCUCAUUCGAAAGUAUUGAAGGAGUAAUAGCACAUCAACUGUUUCAUUUAAAACGUCAAACCAGCUAUAUGGUAGAAUCACUAAUGCUGACCUGAUGCAAUGCGACUUUAUUUAAUCUGUGACAUUGCAGUAAAUUAAAGCAGUUCAGCGUUUGACUUAAUUUCGACUUGAAAUCAUUCGUUGUCUAUGCACUCUCAUGUUUUCAAAUGCAACCUGUUAAAGGGCAAAACUGCUUGCAAGUACAAAAAGUAGCAGGACUUUUCCAACUUGAAAAAUCAUACUUGUACCACAGAGUGAAUUCCCUGGAUUAAAUUUAGAUGCUCAGGCUUUAUCUGUGAUGUUAUGACACAACUUACCUUUAAAGAGCUGGUGUAAGUAUACAAUUAAAACAAACAAAAAAAAAAAGACAGAUGCUUGGCCCCAAGUAUUUUUUCUACUUAGAAAAAGGGUUCCACCUAAAAGGUUAGAUUGUGUAUGCUUAUCUGAAUGAACAGCAGGCUCAAGAAAAGCACAACAGAAAUAAAUCUUAUUUUAGACCGUGACUUGGUAUGAACAUCGACUCGCUAUCUUAAAUUCUGUGGGCUGAGAACAAAGUAUCUUGUGGUUUCACUUUGUAUUAAGUAUCCAUUUUGUUGUACAUUCACUGGAUCGCAGAAGGGAGUCAGAGCACUUUUACUGAUAAACAUCAGAAGAAUGACGCUGUACGCUGAACACUGUAACAAAGUUAUUCUACACCUCAUAUUAAAGAACCUUCCUCGACUCUAUAAAUCAUCCCUCUAGUGCAUUACACAGUGGUAGCUCUUAUCAAACAUUGCCCUGCAGAAGUUACUGGAGAUAAUUCAAACACAGCCUCUAUACUGUUGGCAGAUUACACACACACACACACACAAAACCCUGAAUACGCCGCUGCAGUGUGAAAACUUACAAAGACGUCACAGCCUCUUGGGUUCAUCAGCCGGAAAGUGUGUUAUUAUUACGUUUCACUUGAUAAGAUACACAUUCAGACAAUGGCUGUGUUGGUUCUCUAAUAAAACUGUCUCCUUUCAGCAACUGCAUGAUAUUACACUGCACAGGGAUCGGCCAUGGAGAUCACAAACUAUCUUUGGAUUUGUUUGAUUCUUCAACUCGCCUCCAAUUAUUUAUUGAAAAAAAAAUGAUAAUGUAUUUAUUUAUGUAUUUAUUUCAAAUGUGGAUGUGCAACUAAAUCAGGGUUUAUUCUUGAAUCUGUAUUUUCCCACUGCUUUCUAAUAAGGCACGCUCACUACUAGUACACUGUGCACAUGGAUUAAAGAUAAUUCAGCAGGCAGACACACACACACACACACACACACACACACACACACACACACACCAGCAGACUUCUUUCUGGCUUUGCUGUCCAUCUGAAUCCUGAAUUGAGCAGUGAAGUUAUUUGGAGUGUUUACACUGAAACAAGUUCAGAGAGAGAGAACAAAAUUUUAAAGUGAACUUAAGUUUGCGCUGAUUUUGAGAACAAGGCUGACUUAUUUUCUGAGCUCAUUUAUGGUUUAUCGUUUUUAUUCAAUCUAAAUUCCCACUUUUCCUCUCAGUGUUGCCUUGUCCAAAGUGGCGUCAGGUCAUCUUGCAUACAGAUGAACAAGUAGUUGAACUGGUUAUUUCAGAUUUUGUCAUGUUACUCUCUGUGGUUUGUUCAAAAUCUGCAGAUCAACUUUAGGCCUGAAAACUUCUGUUGUUACAAUUCUGUCUAAAAUCUGUUUGAAUUUUCUCUCUGCCUCUGAAUAGAUGAUGUAUUAAGCAAUAUUUAACUAUGACCAAGAGUUAGUAUUCUUGUACCAACCGACCUAUACAACUUUAGCAGUGCAGGUUAUCAGUAAUAAAUGCCAGUUCAAGAGCAUUUCUCUCUGAGGGCUUCUCUAAGGCACAAUACACGUCACACAUGUCCUACCUUUUCCUCAUUUCCAUUGUCAUCUUCCAGCCUCAUGUGAUUCGCAUUUUAUGCAUGUGACUCUUAAGGUUGUUUAUUUGCCACAGUGAUUUUGUCUCAGAGAAAGAUGAUAGUUGAAUCAGGAAAAUAAAUAAGAAGAACCUUA